CGUUUGUUUCAGUAUCAGUAGAAUCGAUCUCGAAAGUGGACGGCAGAAUCAUUUCAGGAAGUGUUCUAAAUUGCUGCAACUAAGCUUACCGCGUGUCACUUUUGCUUAUUUGGUGUCAUUUUAGUCGAAACGCGCAAACUCAUACGAGAUGUAAAGGAAGACAAAUCAAUACUGGUGGUGUUGUGUUCGACGAGGAUCAAUCCACUCACAAUGCUAGAUGAUGAAGUGCGGAGAAAGAUUUCACACUAGAGGCAGAACCAGGAUCUCGAGGAGGCAGCAAUAGCAAAAAAAAAAACAAAAAUACAGCAAACAAACCAAACAGUGUGUGUCACAGCCAUUGUGAAGAGAAAAUCCAUAGCCAAACCCAAACCAAGUGUGUUUAUACAGUGCAAAAGCGAAAAGAGGAAGAAGCAAAGGAAGAAAGCAGUAAAAAAGCGCGCGCAAAAUACAGCAUAAAAGUAGUAGCACCCAUAACAGCGCAGCAGAAAUCGAAACUCAGCUCAAUCUACACUCUCUCAGUACGCGCGGGAGAAGAAGAAGAAAACACAAAAGUGAAGCUUGCAAAUAGCAAACGAAAAUCGCACACAACAUCAACAACUCUUUACAUCACAAAAAAAACACCAUUGCGCGCACAAGGACGAAUUAAGACACGAUCCUUGAAACUGACAACCGAGCGUGCAAAUCAGCAAUAGUUGAAUUGGAUUUUUCCACUCGAAACCAGUGAAUGUGUGUGUGUGUGUAGAUAUGUGCUUGUGUGUGAAUAGUGAGUGAAAUCAACAUCAGCAUCACCACCACCACCAGCCGCGUGUUGUAUCAGUGAACGAAGAAAUUGAAGAAGAAAAUCAAACGAAGCCGUCUGUGUUGCAAAAGAGAAAGAAGAAGAAACAACGCGUGUGUGUGUGUGUGUAGACAUCAUCCUUAACACUCGCACACACUGUUGGAAGAAAUGUUCCGCAACAACAACAUCAACAACAUCAUCAUCAGCGGAACGAAAGCGGCGCUGAUCGUCCCACCGCAGCCCAGCAGCAGCAACAUCAGCAUCGGUGGCGGUUCGGGCGGUCGCGCACACGUCGAGUCAGUGUUGCGACGUUGAAGAAAAUACAAGUUGUUCUUGGUUUUAAAACCCCUAAUAAUCUCAUACGUACGAUUGUCAUACGAUGCAUUUCUGUUCGAACUCUUUCGUUUGCUCGGUGCGCGUUAUUAAACGCACCGAACACUAACUCUCAAUACUAUAAAACGACUAUAUAAACCGUGUGUGUCCAGUGUUCUCGAAAAAAAGAAGAAGAUCAAGCCAGCCAGAAAGCGAAAGGCCUGGCAGGACUCUUGUAAUAAGAAUAUUGUAUAAAAGCUAUAAUAUAAAUAUAAAACUCCAUAUACCAAUAAACUACUACUAGCACGUAGUGUGUAACGAAUGAGGAGGGAAGUGCGUUUUCAAAGUUGGUUAAACUCUCGAUCGAACGCAGUUAGAAAGUCAACGCAUCCUCUUCCCUCCUGGGGUUUCUGCGGUUUUCCCCCAUGGUCAGGAUUAACCCUGUAGUGAGUGGUGGAGCAUGACGGGACACUGAUCAUCCGUGUCGACUAGCAGCUCUGUCUGCCGCUACGUACGCACAAGCCUACUAUGUUCAGUGGAAACCACCCGGGCGCUGCGCUUCAUCUUGCCUUGCAUCGACAGCAACAUGCCGGCGUACCCCACGGUGUGCAGCGAUUGGAAGAGGCAGUGCAAGCGUUCAUGUUGCGUUCAAAGGUUGCGUAUCAACGUGCCCGUGAGUGAAAAAUUAUGUGAAAUUAACUUUACCGCUACGACGAGCGUCAAUAACAAACGUCGCCGCAAGAAGCAGCUGCAGCGUGCGGCAUGUGAUAAUGACGAUUGAUUAGGUUACGCGCGUCCCGAUAACAGUAGUGUCCGCGGGUCCUCCAACGCAACAUCCUGUAUGCCCUUUUGUGCGCGAAUGUGCUGUAUGUGUGUAUGCGUGUGCUCGAACACAAAACCGAGAAGAACUCUGGUGGCAGGAGCACCACACAGUAGUGAACGCAGCAGAAGUGGGGCAUGAUCGAUCGACAUUACGCUGUCUCGGACGAUUUGAGUGUGACCAAGCAGACAGGUGGACGACCGGUCGUCGUAGUUGCUGUUGUCCUUACGGAUGUGAUCCUCACAGCAAAGCAAACCGAAUCAUGUUAUUUCCCCACACGUCACGACACCACCGACUGCUGCACCAGGGGCAGUGCCCGUCGUCGUAGCCGGUGUGCGGGCCCGUUCUCGGGGCCUCCAGUGAGUGGCGUGUGCACUUUUCGUUGUUUGGUGUCUCCCCCCAAAUACACGAGCCUCUUUGGUUUAACGACGAGCGCGGGUAGUAGAGGCGUCAGUGUGUGUUGUUGCGCGCCGCACUACUCGUGGAAUUUUUUACUACUGCAAAAAGGCCAUAAUAAGGUGUCCGCCAGCGGGUGCGAAACGACGCGUCCUGGCAAACCUCCGCAACCACCAGCAGCCACCAGCGUGAUGCAAGUAUUUGCAAUCAAUUAUGGUACGGAAGUGAAAAGCAAACCCUCCCGAACAUCGCUGGGAAUUUUACGAAACUGUGAACUGCUUAUUGUGGGAUAAGCUCAAUAUUAUUAGUAACGCAUCAAAGCGAGAAAUCAACAAAACAGUCUGAGUGUUGAAAAAAUAGGCCGGCUUCGAAAACAUAGAAACGAAAAACGAAACCAAAACACACAACCCCCACACGAGGGUGCUGAUGUAAAGUGUGAAUCUCCAACUUCGAGUUUUUGAAACACACACACAAAACAAAAACAGUUGCUCGAGCUUCUUCGAGACAUAAGUGUGAUAAGUUCUAAUUGUGCGUGAUCGCGCGUGUGUGCGAGCGAGCGUAGAGCAUUAGUAGUAAUCGAUGAGUGUGGGUCGCGAAUUGUGCGGAGCUGUUAGAGUGACAGGAAGCUAGGCAGAAACAGGCGGAGAAAAAAAUGCACCAAUUGAAGCAAACAAUCAGUAGUGUGUGAAUUAUGAAGCUUUUUACACGCUGCGUUUGACGUGCUGAGAACGAGAGAUGAGAACUUAUUUGGAAGCGAGCAACUAGGCUCCGUGUUGGAUGUAGAGGAUGAGCAAACCAUUCCAAUACAUCUUAUAUAAGUGCGUGAACGUUUAGUGAAAGUGCAGUGAAACCACAAAACACUCUAUUGUGUGGCCACAGUGCAACCAUCCCGGUGAGUUACAACAGUGCACGCGAGAAAAGUUUGCUCAAAGAACGAAAUUUGUGCAGCGUGUGUGUGUUUGUGCGUGUGUAAAUGGUCAGAACGUGUGUGUGUGUGGCGUAGGUGUGCUUAAGUGAAGAGUGCACAGUGCAGAGUGUUUUACGAGUGAAUCCAUGCCGGUUCCAAGCGAAACCAGAACAGCUAGUGACUGUGCAGUGCAAGUGAGCGUGAUAAAGUCCUUUUACCACCGAUACUUCCACAAAAUAUUACCGAUAUUCGACACCACACCGAGAACUACCACUGAUGUCAGGUCCAUGCCAUGGAAGGGGAAAGCUAAGGCCGGGUUAAGCGACCGUUCGGAUAUUGGAGGGGGCUGCUCGUGCAGCAGCAGCAGUACGAAAAAGACGACGCUAAGGAAUCGCCGUGCGCAAAACAAAGACCACGCGCUUGCAGCGACCCGAACCGUUGGUAGUGUGCGUGACGACGCCGGCAACCGGGAGGGGAACGGUUCCCCCACCCGCUUGACAGCGGUCUAUUUUGCAGGGGAAGUUAUCUUCGCCGCCUUUGUCGUCGUCUUUGUCGUUGCCACCACCACCACCGCUGCAGCAACCGCCGCCACCACCGCCGUCGUCGUGUUCGUGAACUGCAGCAGGCUCCCUGCUUAUGAUGUCAUCGGAGGAAGACUCUGAUUCUUUCGGUUUGUACGUCGAUAAGUUGCUAAAGAACAACCCUACCAACACAGUGACGAUCAGCAGUAACGGCAGUAACAGCAACAGCAGCAACGGGAGCAGCAGCAGCAGCAGCAGCAACGGCAACGGCAGCGGCAACAAUAGCAAGCGCAGCAGACAGCGCGUAGACGCGGGCGAGCCAAGAAACAGCUACUCCUCGAUACCCAGCUUCAGUUCGCGGCCGUCCUUCAUGAGCAGCGGUCUAUACGGGGCUAUUUUUAGCCAGGCGCAGCAGCAACAUUUCAGCGGACUAUUCGGUCCCGGCGGUUACGGACCGGCGGCCGCCAGCAAGAUGCUCAACGAACUGCUCGGCAGGCAAGUGAAGCAGGCCCAGGACGCGACCGAUCAGGAUACGCUGAGCAUGCUGUCGGCGAUCGAGGCUGCCGCGGCCAGCAUCAGCAGCAGUGUGGCCGGCAGCAUCGGCAACAACGGCGACUGCGGGCUUACCGCCCAGGACAACAGUAGUGGUGUGGUGAACGGUCCCAGUGGUGCGGUCAAUCCCGCCAAGCUCGGGUUCGAAAGUGUGACGAAUCUGAACAACAACAAUACCAACACGAACAAUAACAAUACGAGCGCGUGCAACAAUUCUGGCGCCGGUGAUAAUAGCGGCAGUGCGAAGGCUGCCAAGAGCGGCAAGAGUGGUAGUGGUGGUAGUGGUGUAACUGUGCCGGUGUCGGAUGUGACGAUGGGCUCGAACCGGCGUAGUAGCAGCUCGAGCAGUACGAGCAGCAACAGCAGUACCAGCAGCAGCAGCACUAGCAGCAGCAGCAACAGUAGUAACAGCAGCAAUCACAAUAAUGCUGUUGCGAACACUAAUGGUGAAAACAACGGAGGUGGUGGUGGCGGUACGAUCGGUGACAGUGGUGCGCCCAAGUCAUCGAGCAGUAGGAACGCAACUACCAGCAGUAGCAACAACAACAACAACAACAGUGGGGCGGACGGUUCUUGCAGUAAUGGCCUCGGUGGUGUUAUAGACCUUGACGGUGACUCUACAACACCACCCGCCACGAGCGAGCUGGCCCACCACAUGUUGCGCAACAUCCUGCAGGGCAAGAAGGACCUGAUGGCUCUCGAUCACGAGCUGCGCGCGACGAUCCAGAGCAACCAGAGUGGCCAGCAUGCCGCCGGCGGUCGGAUAUCGCCCGACAACAACAAUGUGAUCGGUAGCAAGAACAACAACCACAGCAGCAGCAGCGGCGGCGGCGCCAACACGAUCUUCGACAUGGGUAAGCUCAGUGAGAACAGCCUCGGCGCGAUCGUGAAUGGCGGCGAGCUGAGUGAUUCGAGUGAUGUGGGCGCGUGCACACCCAAGGCCAAGAGCCGGGGCAAUAAUCAAAAUGCGAAAGCGAGCCACGGUGCAGCUAGUGAUAGUGCGAAAUGUGAUGAUUUGCUGGGCGGGUCGGCGGACGCGUGCCGCCUGUCGAACGGCAGUGGUGCGGUGGCGGUGGAAACGAUCAACCCGAAGCAGGAGAAGAGCGACGUAAUCGACGAGCUGGUGGCGUCCCUGCCGGAGGACGACGAGGUGGACGAAACCGUACCGUCGCCGGCGUCCUCGACCGGGGCCGGCAGUAACGGGGGGCUCAUUGCGAAGCAGGAGCUGAUGGACCUGGACGACUGCUGCCUGGACGAUAAGGAGCGGGACGAGCGGACGCCCACGCCCGGCAGCGGCGUCGUGCCCACGAGCCGGGCCGAACCGGAAGCGCUCAACAUGAAGCGGGCCCGGGUGGAAAACAUCGUGUCGUCGAUGCGCGCCAGUCCGGCCAUUCUGUCCCAGCCGCCGGUGAACGGAUGCAAGAAGCGCAAGCUGUACCACCCCCAGCAGCACGACAACAGUGCGGCGGAGCGGUACGCGGCGGCGGCAGCGGCCGGCCUGAACCUAGGCCUAACGCUGCAGAACUUCAUGCUGAGCAGCAGCGCGGCGGCAGCGGCGGCGGCUGCGGCGGCGACCAACACGGCCGCCACGACGACGCCCGUCACCGAACCGGCCACGACCGACGACGACGAGGACCUGGUCGAGACGGUCACGACGCCCCACAUCCACCAGAAGCGGGUGGAGAAGGACGUACUUAAGUCGCAGCUGCGCUCGAUGCAGGAGCAGCUGGCGGAGAUGCAGCAGAAGUAUGUGCAAUUGUGCUCGCGCAUGGAGCAGCAGUCCGACACGACGCAGGAGGUCGUGGACGACAGCUCGUCGAGCGACAUCAUGGAGGAUGACGCGAGCGCGCCCGACCUGUCGCCCGAAAAGCCCCACCACCACCACCACCACCAUCUGUCCGCGUCCAGCACGCAGAUGAAGGAGGUGGCGGCGGCCGGACCGAAGGGCCAGUCGAACGCGGCAGCCGCGGCGGCGGCAGCGGCAGCAGCCGCCGAUGCGUCUAGCAUGCUGCAGAUGAUGAGCAAGAUGAUGUCGGCCAAGCUGCACAACUCGCUGCCCAAUGCGGCCCACUCGCUGCAGGCGGGCGGCUUCAACGGGGCGCACCCGUUCCUGCAACACAUGCAGCAGGCGGCGGCCGCGGCCGCUUCGAUGCCGCACGAGCCGAUCGGGCAGCAGCCACCAGCGCCACCGGCCGUGGCGCCCCAGCACAGCCAGCAGAUCAGCAAUGCGGCGGCGAUGUACCAGAAGCUGUUUUUCGAGCAGGAAGCGAGGCUAGUGAAGGCGGAACAAGCGGAACGGAGCCUGCAGGCUUCGAACCAGCAGCUUCUGCAACAGCAGCAGCAGCAACAACAGCAAUCGCAGCAGCAGCAGCAGGCAAUCAUGCCACAGCAGCCCCAACAGCAGCAGCAGCAACAUCAGCCCGAUCGGAACGCCAGCAAUAACUCGUCACAGGUAAUGCAAUCGCAGGUAACUAUGCAGCACCAGCCGCAACCUCAAGCACAAAAUCAAACUUCCCAGGCACUGUUACAAUCGCCUGUUCAACAUCCGCAGAGUCAACACCCGCAGCAGCAGCAGCAGCAACAUUCGCCGACGCAUCCGCAGCCGUCCCAGCAGUCCUGUGGGCUGGUGCAACCCGUGCCGGCAAACGUAACGCUACCGCCGCUCCCGCCGAGUCAGCAGCAGCAACAGCACCAACCUCAGCCGCAUCCGGCCGUCGUGCAGCCGCCACAGCAACAGCUGUCGCCGACGCACGUCCCGAUGCACGCGAUGCCCCAGACCAACCAUGCAGCGGCGAUCGGUGGCCACAACAUGCCGGCGAUACCGAAGGGAUCGUCCAUUCCGUCCGACUUGACGAACCGGCUGAACAUGAUGCGCUCGAGCGCCAGCUCGGUCGGUCCCAUGUCCGGCACGGAUCUCGAGGGACUGGCGGACGUGCUCAAGACGGAGAUCACGGCGUCGCUGUCCAACCUGGUCGACUCGAUCGUGACGCGGUUCGUGCACCAGCGCCGAUUUCUCGGCAAGCAGUCGGAGGCGGCAGCCGCGGCGGCAGAACAGCUGAACAAGGAUCUGCUGAUGGCGUCGCAGCUGCUGGACCGCAAGUCGCCCCGCACCAAGAUCAGUCAGUCAGACCGGAGCAGCAUCGGUGGCAGUCAAUCAGGUAACGCACCUAUGCUAAGUACACCUAGUCUUAACAACGCGUCCCAGCCCGUCCCGAUGGGUCCGGGCGGUAUGUCCGUAGGAACGCCCGCGGGCAAUGGUAACUGCAUCCAGCAGCAGCCAACGUUGGCAAACAACGUGACGGGCUGUGGUGGAGCGCGGCUCAACGGGAGCUCGUUUCCCCCGAUGCCGGGCAUAAACGCGAUGCACGUCCCGACUGCGGGACCGGGAGCUGAUCCCAAGGGUGGCCAGCAGCAGCAACAGCAGCAGCAGCAGCAACAACCGCAACAGCAGCAACAGCUCAGUAUGAACUCGAUCGGCAUGCCUCCUCAUGUACGUCCUUCUCCUUCUACAGCCAUGUUCCAAGCGUCGAAAACGCCCCAGAACAUCAACUCGGUUGCGGCCGCCGCGCUCUACAACUCGAUGAACCAGGCCCUCGGAGGGACGCCCAGUCAGGUGAAUCCGUUCUGCCUGCCGCCGCCGGAACCGCGCGAGCACAAUCCCGAGCAGAACGAGGCCCUCAGCCUGGUGGUGACGCCGAAAAAGAAGCGGCACAAGGUGACCGACACCCGCAUUACGCCGCGAACAGUGAGUAGAAUUCUAGCACAGGAUGGCAUUAUUCCGUCCUCGAAUCAGGUGCAGGUUGACUCACAGCAAUCUCAACAACCGCAGCAGCAGCAGCAGCCAUCGCAGCAGCAAUCGCAGCAGCAAACGCAGCAGCAGCUUCCGAUGGGUGGAGCGACCAACUGCCAUGGGAGCAGUCUGGGGAAUGGCAGCAACAACAGUAAUAGCAGCAGCAACAACAACAACAACAACAGCUGCAACAAAAACAAUAACGCACUGAGCGGGCAGCAACAGCCUCAGUCGCAGGCAUCAACGCAGCAGCAGCAGCCAACCCCAGGCCAGCAGCAGCAACCACAAUCGCAGCCGCCCGCCCAGUUUAGCAGCCAGUCGACCGGUGGCACAGUCCAGCCGACCGGGCCGACCACCCCGACGGAGUGCAAGGCGGAGCGGGCCGGGUUCCACGGUUCCGCCUCGUCGAUGCUGCCCGUCUCACUGCCUACCUCGGUUGCGAUUCCGAACCCAUCGCUGCACGAGUCGCAAGUCUUUUCGCCCUACAGCCCCUUCUUCAAUCCGCACGGUCCGCACGGUGGCCCGCACGGGCCUCAGCCGUCCCAGUUUCACCACAUGAAGGUGUCGUCCAGCCCGCCCGGCAUCAACGGCAUGCUGGACCCGCGCGAUUCCCCUCCCCUGCCCCACCCGCCGACGAUGCUGCAUCCGGCCCUGCUGGCGGCCCACCACGGCAGCUCGCCGGACUACGGACAUAUCAGAGCAUCGAUGGAUGUCAACGAUCGCAACUCGGACUGUACCUCCGCCGACAUCGCCUACAACGGGAUGGAGCCUACUAUAUCCUUUUCAAACCAAUCAUUGUUGCUUGAAGCUUCCAUUGCAGCUAAUCAAUCCUUAACUCCGGUGAACUCGUCAACCCUGACUCCGAUGCACCUGCGCAAGGCGAAGCUGAUGUUCUUCUGGGUGCGGUACCCAAGCUCCGCCGUGCUGAAGAUGUACUUCCCGGACAUCAAGUUCAACAAGAACAACACCGCCCAGCUGGUCAAGUGGUUCUCCAACUUCAGGGAAUUCUACUACAUUCAGAUGGAGAAGUACGCCAGACAGGCGGUAAGCGAGGGCAUGAAGAACGCAGACGACAUCCACGUAAGCAAUGACAGCGAGAUUUACCGCGUGCUCAACCUACACUACAAUCGGAACAAUCACAUAGAGGUGCCCCAAAAUUUCCGAUACGUCGUUGAGCAGACGUUGCGUGAAUUCUUCCGCGCGAUUCAAGGCGGCAAGGACACCGAGCAGUCGUGGAAAAAAUCAAUUUACAAAAUCAUCUCCCGAAUGGAUGAUCCUGUGCCGGAGUAUUUCAAAUCUCCGAACUUCCUCGAGCAGCUGGAGUAAGUUAAGCGGGCGGGGUCCCGUUACUAAUACACAAAGCUCUCUCUCUAUCUACUACUACCUGGACAAACUAGGCGGGAAAUAAACGAACAAACAUGAAAGCUGGUGAAGAGAGAAAGCGGGAGAGCUAGAGCGUGUCAACCACAACAAGAGAAAACAAAACAAAAGUAAUACCAAAAAAACAAAAGAAGAGGGAAACGCGUGCAGCCGUAAAACAAGGCUCGUUACACUGAAUCAAUAAUAGGAAAAAAGGGACAAACACAAAAAGGUAACAAAAGAGUAAGUAAUAUAUGAUACACGGACUGUGUAUGAAAAACAAAACACAAAACGAAAAACAGAGAGUAAUUUUAUUAUUAAAAUUAAAGUAAAUUAUACAAAAUUGUUAUCUUAAAACAAAUUUAUGAAAUAUGGGGUACGGAAACAAAGAAAUAAGUAAGACGUAAACUAAAAAAAGGAGCAAAGAGAGGAGGGAAAGAGAAAACAAAACGAGUGAGCAAAAGAAGAGAAACACGGUAAAGAGACUAUAUUAUUUAAAACAAAGAAGUAAAAAACAAAUCUAGGCGAAGGCAAGGCGCAGUAAACGAAGGCUGAACAAGAGAAAACUACAAUGCAAAAAUAUCUAGCAAAAAACGGUAAAACAAAAAGACAGAAACAUAUAAGAAGACAACAUUUGUGGUUCCUAUAAUGUAGUGCGCUUUUCCCACAGUGAAAGAGCAUCUGCAGACAUUCAAAACACACAAACACACACUAGCAAUCACACAUGUACACAAACACACGCUCCUACAAGAACUGUGUGCCACAUUUGUGCACAAGCACAAGCGUGUACGAGUGUUGUGUGCGCGUGUGUUUGCUCGUGCGCGUGCAACAAAGAAUCCGCGGGAAAGGCCUUCAAAUUUAUCCACUCUCCGUAUGUAGCAGCACCAGAAACAAAACAAACAAAUUAGCAAACAAACAAAAAAACAGAAAUGCUUUGAAGACGGCCAGAAUAUAUACAAUGCUACCUUACAUGUGAGGUAUUUUUUCGCGAAUCAUUAUUCGGGCGUUCAAAAGCACUUCCUAAUGCAUUUAGAUGAAAACAAAAGUUGAAAACAAAAAGCAAGACACCUACACGGCAAACCUCAAAAUUUACCAAUUUUUAGUAUAUUUAAGGAAAAGUAAAAAACAAAGAACAAACAAAGCAAACCAAAAACUGAAAGCACACAAAUUCUCAAGUGCUGCCCGAAAAAAUCGCCAACAACGGCUCUCGAAAAGAUAAAAACAAAGAGCAUGAAAUGAGAAAUGGAGUGAAGAUACUGUUUUAGGAGAAAAAAACCUGGACUUGAAGCUGCAAAGCGGAAGCGGAAACCCCGUUCCGGAAGAGAAAAAAAACAACAAUUGACGAAUCAAUGCGGCGUUUCUGAUCAUGACAACACAAGAGAGAUGUAAACUGUAUUGCGUAUCGAUCGAAUCGGCGGUAUCUAAUUUACAAUCGGCGUCUUACAUUAGAUGUACAGUUUUCGGGUUGGGCUGUGUUUUAGAGCCUGCCAGCCAGCCAGAGCCAGCCUUCUCUUUUUAUGCUUCACCCAUCCAAAUGACGUAGCGUCAGUCGUCGUGGGCAGUAUGAAAACCAAAGUCGUGGGAGCUAUAAUUGUGGGAUGUACCGCGAGCCGGUACGAAGGUUUUUGCGGUUCUUCAGUUCUGUAUAGCUAGUUAUUAAUCUAUAUGUUCUAUGCACUAGGUUUAGGGACUGAUAUCGUUUAGAAAGCUGUGUGAGCAAAACGUUGUGUACAAAUACAAAAUCUAGUAGAAGCCGCCGGUGUGUUAGGCGAAUUAACUCUACUACACAGUGCAGAUCGCGAACUCCAAGAUUAGUCCUUGGGCAGGAUCACUCGAAGCAACGGUAUCGGACGACCCAGAGGCGUUGAACACUUCCUGUUGUUUCUCGGCAGUUGUAAAUAUGUUUAUUUAUUAUUAUGAUUAUUAUGAUUAUUAUUAUGAUUAUUAUUAUUAUUUUUCCGCUCUUGCGCUCAGGCGGCAGCAGGAGGCGCUCUAGCGUUGAAAAUAAAUUAUGUUUAUUGAGACCAAAUUCUAACUAUUAAACAAAAUUAUCAAAAUUCCAAAUUAAUAUCAAAGUUCAGACAGUGAUCGUGUUCCUGGCCCGCCAGCCACGCGCUCUCCUGUCGGCUGUUUUGAUCGUAUAUUUAGGUAGCGAAAGUGUUUUUUGUUGUGUAUUGCUAUCAUUUCCAAACGGUGUUUCCAAACCCCCCGCGGAAGAGUAUGGCUCACGUAAGAAAAUGUUUGAAUAUUUUUAGGCUAAACUACUCACACCGUCUGUUUGCGGUACGGCGCCAUCGGCUACAAGCAGGACGAGGAACGGGCAUAUAGGAAUGAUAUUUUUUGUCCUCCUUGGCUCAGCGUCUUUUCGUGUCGGUAUAUCCGUUGUACGAGCCGCUACCGCAAACGCGGGUGAUCGAAAUUUAUAAGCAAAAUUUGUUACUUCUGGUAAGCGCGGAUGGAGAGAGAGAAAAAAACGAAUGAUGGGGUCGAGAAAGCGUAAGUUUUGUUUAUUGUUUUGGCGUUAUUUCGGCACUUUAGGCAAAAAAAAAGAAACUCAAAUCUACGGUUAGAAAGAAAGGGCAAAAUGCGUAAAAGGUAUCUGUGUUUGAGGAGGGAGUAAAUUGAAUGCGUCCUGAUCCGGUUUGCUUCGAGUAGAUACAAAGCUAAGGUUCGCAUGAUCUCGCAUGAACACCAUGCGGGGCGUUUGGGGAACAGAUCGGGUAAGGUACACUCACAGUUUGGAGGAGAUUGUGUAUACGUGAUGGAUGGUAAUUUGGAAGCAAAAUUCGUUUCGAUCAUGUAACGGGUGGUUAUUCUUUCGAACACAAAUUCGGAAAGUUUCGCUGCGAAUCGGUACGGUGAACAGCGCACGCUGUGUGCAAGUAUUUCUUUAAAUUAUUAUUUAGCCUCUUUUUGUGGUGUUGAGUGAUCUUUCUGCGUACACGAACAUCUUAAAUUGCGCGUGAGCAGGCGUGUCGUGUUCGUGUGCUCAAUGAAGAUUGGCGGUGAGAAUUUGGCGUCGUCUGCGGAGGUACCACAAAUAUAUAUUAGACCAAUAACAUUCAACAAACAAAAUCAUUGCAAUAGAUUCCUAUCCUGCUACGCACGCGUAGAAAGGGUCCAAAAACCUUUCAGCCGAUCCAGUUCAUUGUAGCAUCAACGCGAUAUCGCUUGCCUGCGCAACCAAAAGUGUAACCGCCGUGGAAAGCGGCUCAUGAGAUCUUUUACCAAAUCUACAAUGUUGGUGACCAAACCAAAGCAAUUCUAUAGCGUGCAUUAGGGUAUGCUUUCUAGUAUUUAGGCGCAAUAUUGAAGCAAAAUCGAUCGUGUAUUAAAAAAAACCACACAUAAACCAUCAUCUAAAGUAAAUGAUGCAAAACUGAUCAGAUGUACUAUUUAAGUUAACCCUGAACCAAAAGCUACAAACAAUUGCAACUUAUCUCCGCAAUAAGUUUCCUCCUAGUCGUUUUAAUCCAUCGAUAGAUGUUGCCUAAUCAACGGCACCCGCCCGAACCAACCACAAACCUUGCUGACUGGUUUAAAUUUCAACACACAACAUUGCAUCGCAUUUACAUGCUUUGUACGUUGUAAAAGUUGUUUAAAAGGAAAAAAGCAGAGAAAGAGAGAGCGACAGAGCGAUACAUUUGGUGAAUCAGGCAAGGAGGCAAUGAGUUAGCUUAAGAGAUAUAUUUUUCGUCCUUAUCAAAUAUUACCGUUUUGAAUGAACAACCAUUACUAACUAUAAUUGGCUUUAUAUGAAGAAAAAGCGCUUCUUCCAAGCCCUGGUUGCGGUGAGCCGGGAAGGGUGCGGUAGUGCCAACGCUAUCGAUGGUGCUACCCUGAACCUUAACCGUCACCCAUCCUUCAGGUUUGUAAGAAGUGCGUGAAUGUACAAAAAAAAAACAAAAUCAUAAUAAAGAAAACUAUUAUUACUAUUUCCAAAUCUAUUAAAUUAACUUGUGCUCAAAAUUCGUAUUUACUAACUAAAAUUGUGUAUUCUUUUGUGAUCGGUUUGGUGCGUUUUAUUUAUUAUUUUGUUCCGAAAUCGAAUUGGACUACUAGGUGUGCAACAAUUGAUCUGCAUGUGUGUUACGUUCUGUUAAAUUUUACAGUUGUUGUCUUAUUGUUUUAUUUUCUUUUUUCUGAAGUGACUCUAAAUCAAAAUUCCAAAUCGAACGCGACCGGACGAGCGGCUCUAGUGAAAGAUCCUAUUACUAUAUCAUGCCUUCCAAAAUUACACAAAAAAACGACGAAAGUAACUGAAAUUGUGAUAUUAAAAAAAUUGAAAAUCACACAAACUCCUCGCUCUGGUUUUUUUGGGCAGUGAGGGCGAUGGCAUCAAGAGAUAUAUUGGGAAAGCGGAACAGUUUUUGCGAGCUGUGGCACCCAUUUCUUCAGCCCGUCCUGCCCAUCCCAUCCGUGAGAAGAGAGCCUGUGGAUGAUUCCGUGCAGCCAGCGAACUGCUGUAGCUGCUCUAGUUUAGGGAUUAAUUGUUAAAACCAAGAAGUAAAUCAAAUUAACCUUUCGGCAUACUCGAGACAAACACGCGUCUUUUCGGCAUUUCUUUAGGCAUAUGAUAUAAGCAAAAGGGAUAGUGUAGAAGGGGAUACAGACAACACAAAUUACACACAUCUUUCGGCAAAAACAUUUGGGCAUGUAAAGCAAGAGGGAAACGCGAGAGAAAGAGAGUACUCUUUGUUAAUAAGCAUAUUUGUUUGUUUUUACAGUUUUACUAAAAAAACUGCGGUAAUGCUUGUACGUUUUGUUUGAAUUUUUUUAGAAAGAUAGAAAUUAGUUGUGGGGCAGUUACCGCAAGACGACUCUGGCUCCGAUCUGGGUCCUGUUGUGUAGCGACAGCACAGAUACAAGUCAACAUGGCAACUUGGAAUAUGGCAAUGUGGCACCAUCUCCUGAACCCGGUGGCACAGCGCUUCGCUCAUGCCCGGCGUGGUCAGCUCGCAAGUGGCAAAGCAAGCAAGCAUUUAAAUAGUAACAGUAAUUAAUGGAUAGUCACAGUGCGUACACACUUAGUUUGUAAGUAAAGAUUUCACACAGCUCAAACGCAUUAACAGUAAUAGCAGAAAUAAUAAGGCCGGCAGCAUAACUAAAUGGUAGAGUUACAACCCCCAACACACACACACACAAAUAGAUAUGUAUGUAUUACCGUGCAUGUGUUUUACAUUACUUAACACCCUGCCGUGUGAGUGUGGUAUGUGUGGUGUGUGUACACAAUGCAGCAGCGCAGUACAAUUUAAUCAAUUCCAUAUUAAUCGGUGUGAGUUACAGUGCAGUAUCCGCAAAGAUAGUAAACCCACAAACACAAUAGCCAGAUAACUCAAUCGCAUUUUUCAAUUCCCCUUACUUCAACCAAGCAAACAACAGCAUACAGAACAACUGCAACUAAAUAACCCAAAUCACCGCCCGGUAUGAGCGAAGGGAAGGGAGCUGCUCUGGAUUCGAGCAGGUCUACCUUUUUUUUACAGUUUGGUCGCUGUGCCGCGGGCAAGGUUCUGAACAAGCGCUCUACUGUGUGUAUGGGUGUGGGAAGUUUGCCAACUCGGACAAGCUUCCACCUUCCAGGGAUAAGCACCGAACGGGCCGAAUGUCCGGGACUCUGGGUUGCUGAGGGCAUAAAGCUGUGUGCCCUCAUCUCCAGGAACUUAACAAGUUUACUGUACAAAAGCACAACACACCAGGCCUAAGCGUGCGUGUUGUGAUCUAGUUGUUGCGAGGCAUCUUCAGACCAAGUCACCAACUUUCUGCCACUCCCGGUAGGCUGCUAGUCUCCCGCAGAAUGCUGUCAUGUCAUGUAUGCGCCGGCGGUUGCGUUCGGUUGGAACGACCAUUACAUUGGGCUGCUCUGGAGCAUACCAAUGCGGACGUGCAUGCCGGCACCAGGCAUCUGCCCGGUCCGGACACACGGGGAGGUCUGUUUGGAGUCAGUGAUUUUGCGCGAUUUUCAUCACGGGCCUCAUACAGACUUGCUCCGCUCCCAAGCUCCGUCGCGGCAUCAGACGCGUUUUCUGCGCAGUACAUCGCCAUGAGCAUGCAAACACCACGCAUGCGUCUUGGGGUCGGUAUGCGCGUGUGAUUCGCUCGCUUCGAUCGAAUAUUCCCCCGGUGGUGGAGAUGAAAACUUCAUCCAGCAACAUGGUGUGACGCCCAAUGCGCAACAUGCAGGCUUGCAUCUCGACCGUUGGGGCAAACGUGUGCGCCCGUUUCCUUUCUGUUGAGUAUGCAAGGCCCACUACCAAUUUGCCAAAUACACACAUACACACAGGGAUGUGGAAGGCCAAAGGGUGCUAUUUGUGCUUUUACCAACCGUUCGCUGGAUCGCUUGGAUACACACAAAGCACACAUACACAUACAUAAACAACCCGGAGCUGCUAACACUACUAAUCUGAUCUGACAGCGUGGUAGAAUUAUUCAGGAAAUGUGUAUUAGCUAGACGAAGAAAACAUGUUGUACCUGUAUUCUUUUGUACGAUCAUCGGAUUCGGAGCCAACGAAGUUGUUAGGCGGACCAGAAGUCUAUUGCGGGGACGAACUGCUACACAUUGUACAUAGUUUGCCAUUUGUCGGCUCUUUAUUGCAUUUAAUGUCCCGUCGUUCUAUUUAUGCAAAUUGUGGAGAUUUUUUCUUGAUUGUGCGAAUAAUUUGAGCAACUCAAAGCUUGUCACGACAGCUCCAAAGUAAUUUGAAUAUGAAUUUUGGAUGUAUUGGUGUCACGAUUUGGAAGGAAAACAAAAAUUAUCGCAGUCAGCGCGGCUUGUGUGUUUCUUCAAAUGUCUCGUCGGUUGCGUAUAAAUAAGAUAGACAUGUAAGGACCGUUUUCUUCGGGGUAAGUUAUCCUGGUCGAUUACAUGAUAAGUUGUGUGGUGUAUUUUGUUCUACUAGCAGUGCUUAUUCAGCUCACCUAAUUUAAGGCAAUUUUCAAACAUUUUGAUCCUCCAAAAGCAGAGAUCUCCAUCUUAGUGUUAAUAACAUAUCAUUUCUAAACCGAAAUGAAUGCAUUUAGACCAAUGCAAUCAUUUUAUUUUAACGCAAAAUCAUUCAUUAAAUUACCUCUUCAUGACCACCCGUAAGUUAAAACCAAAUUGAACUCAAACAAAUUAAACCCAUCUCAUACGCGUCAGCUCAACCGCAAGCAAUGGUCCUCCAAACGUACAGCGAAUAGUAAUUGUAGAAGAAGCAGUAUCAUUUAGAUCCUGUAAGGUUUUUUUUGUCUCUCAACGCAUGACGGACAAUGUCUACCUAAUGAUUGAAAACAAAAAAAAUUGCAAUAGAAUGGUGAACAAUCUUUCGUUUACAGUUUUUUUUUGUUCUGUGUCUUUAAUAACAUACACUUGUCGAGAGUUAUUCAAUCAAUAGUUUCUCUAUUUAUCUUUAUUAAAUGACAUCUUUUAUUCAAAUGCUCAAACAUUGUCUUCAACGUUGCAGAAUGACGUAAAGUUUUGUCCCACUAUUUUUGCCUCGUUACGUGUAAGAUUUUGAUAAAAAUUAACUAUCCAAAUUCUUAAAAAAUAUUACAAAAACAAUCAAUGCAAUACAGUUUACAGUCGAAUGCAGUCAGAAACAGAACCACACUCGUUCGCAAAAGUGUGCACUCGCACACAGCACUAUGUUACUUCGCAAUAACUACAUGCACACCACCUAAAGGGGAAAGGGAGGAAACCGAAUAAGAGGGAAACACCGAAGCUAACAAAAACCUGUUGGGCAAACAUUUAUUUCUGGCCAAUAUAUUUGUUUUAUAACAUGUUUGGCGUCUUUUUGACAGUGUUACGGUAGGCAGUGCGAACCAAAGGAGUGGAGUCUUGAGAGGAGAAAAUGACAUUUUUGGAACAACUUCAUGUUUCGGCACAUAUAUUCAGAGGAAUGGGAAACGCACGAAAAAAAAUAACACGAACACGGGUGCGUUCGACGGUUGACAUAGCAUAAGAUCUUGAAUAGCUAAACAAUACAAUAAUACUGAAUACAACAAUACUGCAACUCAAGCAACAACAUCAUCAACAGCAACAACUAAUAAUACAGCAACACAACAACAAUAGAAUGAGAGCACUUGUAUUAAUCACGUAACGAGACAAGCUCCUCUCGACAGGAUAGUAGGCCAGGACUACUAAGAACACAAAGUAAAUUGAUCCACUUUGACACCGCACAGAAUCAAACUCUGAUACAACAAACCUGAUACUGAAAUAGACUAGCCAUACUUAGGUACGAACUAAACCUGCAAAUGGGGUAUAUAAGCGAUUGCAAACCAACUCAGGGAAUAGUUUUACAAACCAUUCGAUAGUUUCCAUAUACUGCGCUUGUAAAGAUAUGGCGAGAGAACAUUAUAGAGGGACAGAAGAGAAGGAGAGGCAAAGAAGAAAAUAUAGCUCUCUGUUUUAUUUGACUGAGUUACAGUGCCGUGAAGCGGAUACUAUUUGUACGCAACCAAAUACAAAUAGUUCCGACCCCAGCUCGGCAACCGGAUCCGGUUCCCCGUGGCUGUCGGUCGGUCAAUGUGUGUAUGUGUGUGUGAGGUGUGACAACACAGUCAAUAUACAGGAUAUAUAAUCAAUUAACCGUAAUUUACAUUUAACUGCAAAUAAUAAGAUUCAAUGAAUGUUGUAUAAAGCCGCUUGACCAUGAGAACGAUACCGGAACCUGAUAUACUCCCCCAAUAUUGCCAAUUCUUUGUAAAAAAAAACAAACACUGUCACAAACAUACACACCGAACAAAGCAAAUCUGCAAACCUAACCGUAGACUAUAAACAGGCGCUGUGAUACUAGAAAACGAACAUAACGUGGGUAAUAUUUCAUGAAACUCUCACAACUCGCAAACCAAGUACACUUUCGUUCCGUGGCGGAUCUGGUGGAAUUGGAGUUGGGAAUGAAUGCAUCAUCAUCCCCAUCACAAUCCACCGUCCUCACAUUAUUGUUUAUCAAGAUGAAGAACGCCAAGAAAGAGGAGACCGGUUAUAAGGAAACAUCCCAGCCCAGCAUUUCCCUUAGUCAGCUGAUCAGCUUCGGCUCAAGGUCAGAAAUAACACCUCGGUGGGCUCGUCAAGCUCGCAACGGGGGUCCACCCUGCUGCACACCCGCCAGGUAAGCUGGAAAUGCUGGCCCUGUAAUGCUUUUAUUUUUCGUUUAACGAAGUGAAAAACAUGAAUUGAAAAUCCAACAACACAACAAUAGCAAAAUGGAUACAGAUAAAUGAAGCGUAAAUGCUGAACAGCUGAACAGCUAUCAAAACCGAAAACAAAACCAAACCAAAUAGAAAACAAAAACACAUCAACGCAAGAUAUGUUGCGUGUUUGAAGAAUUCGAUAUCGAUUGGCUACUGCAACCACCGACUCCGACGGUUGGUGGAAACCAAAACAAAAGCAAAACCAAAAACCAACAUACCAAUUAACAUACUAACUGGACAAAACUUCGUGAACAAACUUUUCAAGCGAUUAAAUAUAUUAAACAUUAGAGCAACGAUGGUUGAACCUAUCAAAGCACGUUGGAAUCGAACGGAUGCCCAUUCUAAAAUUCCUGAUGUUCUUAUAUUAGGCGGGGAAAAAGGAUCCCCAUCAAACAUUUAUAUUUGUGCUUCCCGUUUGGAAGGAUUUUUUACAAGCAAAAAAGUCUUUUAAGUUGAUUAAUCAUCGUUUGGCAGUCAAAAGACAAAAAAAUAACACUAUUUUCCCUAAUGGCAGACCCAAUAUGAUCUUUUAAAAUUGAAGCAAAGCUACGUUACUUGCUAAUAAUAUCCUUUUUAAAAACAGACAGUAUAAAUUAUGAACUGAUGAACAACAAAGAACGAGGAACGAAAUAAAUCUGUAUAAAUGUAGCAAAAUGUGCGGCUAACUGUCCUACAUUGCCAAAGGAGCUUUCAAGUAAAAGAAACUGAAAAAAUCAACUCAAAAUUUGCACUCUAAGUUUUCCACUGCAUUGAAACCCUAGAAUUUCUCAGUUCUGUUCAUCUUAUUUCAUUGCCUGUGGCAAUGCUUUUGAUUUUAAGAUUGCACUAAAAGCAUUAUUCCUCAAAACUCCCGAAACAAGACGAUAAAGUCGUCAUACCUUUCCAUUUGAAAAAAAGGCCAACCAAACGAAAGCAACACUUUUGAGCCCCCAUCCCCUCCUCCAUUUGUACAACCCUAUAAUUACGAGUCAACGGAACACUGCUGUUUGAUUACAUAUUGAAAUCAUACAAAUUAAUCAUUUAAAUUUGUAAUAAACUCGAAAAACCAAUUUUCACACGCCUCGCCAAUGGUUGACGCGAACGAUGGUGAACCGUCACAACGUGCACACAGCGACCGAACGAUCGGAUUUGUCCCCCUUUCCCAGGCAAGCAGCACAGUAAUACCCGUCUCUAACCCACCGAUUGUCCGAGAAUGCUCCUCCAGCACUCUCACCGACAAUAAAGCUGGGAGAGCAUUGCAGUGCAGAUGAGUAGGGGGAUGAUAAUGCAGGCCAAAAAAAAGUAAAAAAAAAAACAUAAAAAAUAAAGGCCGCAAACUCUCACGAUUCGUCUGCUGCUUUAGCGUUUACCAAGGGGUCGAGGGGGAACAGAGUGGCCAAACCAUAUAUGCCACCCGAUCGGUGGACGGUCCGUGUACUGUGCAAGUUCGCUGCCUUUCACCGGCUGUGCAGGCUGACCCCGACCGCUCGGGAGGGGAGGCUGGACAGCCUUUCGGUCAACUAUUGGUGCACUGGCGUGCUAGCUACUUUAUAUACACCGAACAAAAUAACACAAAACUCGCAUGCUAAUAUUAAAAUAAAUUUACAAAAAUACUACAAAACAAUGCAAAAAAAACAACAAAGAAACACAUUUGACAGCAUAAAAUCACAUUUUUAACAAACCAAAAUACAAAAUCUGAUCACAAAAAUAACACUAAAAAACAACCCAUAUAUCUUCCACGGCCAAGAAGGUGCCGGCCCCUCGGCUUGCAGAAGCACACCAUCCGCUUACCAGGAUCGGGGGGCCGCCGCGGAAGAUAAAAUGCGAAAACAAAAUCAAAGAAAAAGUUUUGCCCCAAGCGGACCAGAGCGAAUCGUGACAGUGCCGAAACGCCACAGUCACCAUCAAGUGGCCGUACCGUACCGUAACGAUGCAUUUGCACCCCAUCUGCACUCCCAUCCGCAAACAUCCGUACUGGGUGGGACGACCUAGCUCUGGGCCGCGACGAGCAAUGGUAGAAAUAUGAUUUUAGCAACCAAUCCAACUUUGGCUAAUGUAAUGUGUAUCACGUUUUGAAACAGUCUGGCUAGGAAUAUGAUCUGAUCACAAACAUAAGACCGAUUAAAAACGCAACAAGCGAACAAAACAAUCCAAAAUCGUUUCAGUUAAAUGCUGAAAAUGGAUAACAAAAAUCAAACAAUUUGCGUGCAGUGUGUGUGUGUUUGCCCGUACCGUACACAGUUGGACGGGAGAAAAGCAUAUGCAGGCACUUUUUAAAAACUGAAUUGGGCAAACGUAAAACACAGUCACACUAACACAUACACAUAUGUUUAUGUUGAGUUCAUCAAACAGGAUAAACCGGACCUAUGUUUUGUUGGUGCACAGCCGACACAGUUUUUGUAGCAGUUUUUCAUGCUGACAAUUGAAACAAUCGAAUGAAUGAAUUUACUAAAUCAUCCUUUUAACCGAUAAGCAAUUGGAAUUAUUGGCAAUAUGUUGGUUUAAUUUUUAAAUACCACCGCAAAAACAACAACAGCAAUAGACGUUUUAUACAGAUUGCUGAGCAGAUUUAUGGUGCUGGCGUUUGAAUGUCAUUCGUUCUACUUCUAUGGUUUUAUUUCGCUGUAUUUAAAUUUAAACUUUCAUCUUUUGUAAUUAAAAUUGUGUAUCAUAUGUUACAUUAACCUGUUCUUUUCACAAUUUUGGUGUUGAUAUUUCAUAAACUUUUGUUCUCUUUUUACAUAAUCUCUUCCAUUUUGUAUUUGUCGUUGUCUAUUUAUUCAUUAUCGUUUUUUUACAUUUUUAUCGUUCUACUUUUUCAUUUUGUAAAAACCAGUGUCAUAAAUCUGCUCAGACCAGGACAUAUAAAAUAUACUGGAAUGAUUUUUCAUCUUUGAACCCAACAAACAAACAAAACCUAACCAAUCUCGUAUUCAUUUCCAAUUGAGGUAACCAUCCUUUGUUUGAAGCAUAAAAAUGAAGCAAUUAUGAACAAAAGAAAGAAGAAAAACAUAUUCAAACCUUUAACCAACUACACUAUUUCAAUUUGCAACUAGCCGUCAAAUCCGUACAAUUUUUAUGAACAAAAUUUGCAACCAGAGAAGCAAAUGGAGAACGAUUCAGAAUCUCUUGUACACAGUUACAUAGUUUUGAACGGGAUCAAGCCAACAACAACAAAACCAAAAACACACACUAAAACAACUAAAUUGCUCUUUAAAUCUAUAAAAAAAAAACAAACAAAAGCUAAAAGAACAUGCAAACAGUAACAUCUACUAGACGGAACACAGUCUCUGCCGUCCGCGGCGUGAGUGAGUGGUCCGACUGGAAAAACAACCAAAACAUGUAGAACAAACCAAACAAAACCAUAAGCAAAAUUCAAAAUUUGUUGAUGUAUGAUAAAUGCAACUAACAAAAAUAAACAAAGACGAACAUCUCAGCAGCCGCCCAUCGCCAAGCGGUUGGGCGGCUCACCUAAUAAAAUAUCUAAUCACGUAAGGAAUGAAGUAUACCAACAUCACCGGGUCAGGAAAGACGCUGAAACCAUCUGGAAGAGAAAAAUAAUGCAAACUAACAGAAAUAAUUCACAGAAGAAUUUUCACUUCCAUUUUUGCAAUAGUAAAAAAUAUAUUCUCAUUCAACUCGCAGCAUCCCUCAGCUGCAGCCACUGGAUGGUAAUAUAUUGCACAGUUUUUAGUUUACAAUAGAAACCGGCAAAGCACGUCCCACACCACCCGCCCCGCUUCUCCCAUGUCCCACGCACACAUAACAAAAGCCGUGUGCGUGUGCGAGAUCAUGCAGAGUCGCGGGCGGGGAAGGUGCACGUGCGUUUUUCAACUAAUAUAUAAUAAACAAAAUAAUCACAUCAGCAAUGACAACACAUCACCACCAGCUGAAUAUAGCGAAAUGACAAUUUUAUUUCUCAUAAUUUUUCACUCAACAAACGCAACAAAGUAGAAGGACGCGGGCCUGUGGGCAGACGCAUGCCAUCUGGUGUUGCCCCCCGCCCGGUUCUCUACCUUAGUGAAGGCUCCUCUCCGGUGGAACCGUGCCACCGGUCACGUGUCCCUGCUGCUGGGCAUCUUUCACCAUCCGGCCCAGUAAUGUUGCUGGAACUGACCGGUCACAAAACAGCAACAUCUCGGUUUUGUGCGGCCGGUACAUCCGGGGAGAAAGGGCCACAACAAAAUGAACGCAACAAAACAUCAACAGCAACAACCCAAACCAAUAGAAACCGAAGGAAUCUCUAGUUUUCUUUAUUCGCCAUUUCAUUUGCAAUAGUCACUACCACAAAACCAAAAGUACAUUACACAAGCACGCGAUAGAGCAGGAGUAAAACCACCACCACCCUGGAGUGAUAGUGUCAAUCAACCAGCAACAGCAUGGGCAACCUCAUCAGCCUCCCUGUUUCCUUCCCCAAGAGUACACCACCACACCCCUACCAUAGCAACAAACAAUAGCAGCAACGCAAUAGAACUAAACCACCACCACCACCACCACCUUCCAACAAUCAACCAAGCAUUCCCUGAGCUCCCGCCCCGUCCCACCACCCACUCAAAACAGUCGAAGUGCCUGAGGUCAUGCCUCCGACCGACCGAUCGGAAGUGACUUUUUAAUCAUAAGUAACCGAAAACUAGCAACGCGUGUAUGUUUGUGUGUUUGUACAUAUAGUGACACGAUCGGACGGACUAUCGACCUUCGGCUGUUCCGAUAUAUCAGUGCAAACCGUACAAUAGUUAAAUAAUGCAAAACAGCAACACAGAUUUUAAAAUGGUGUAUUUAAGAAAUGAACAUAAUCAAAAUGCAUCCCUAAAAUGCGCGGCUGUUCGUGCUGUGAGCGCAGAUUGACGGUAUCACUCCAUGCAAGGCCGCGGUGGUGGUUUGAAAUCGAUAAACCAAAACCAAUAGAUCCAAACCACAAGCGACAAGAUAGCAACAACUACUCAAAACUAGGCUAAAGUAAAUGAAAUAAACCGGAAUGAUUUAAAGUACAACACAAACCACUUUUUUAAAAAGCAAAGCAACAAACCAAUAAUAUAUUCAAUCAAAGCAAGCAAACAAGAGAACUAAUCGAUCAAAGCAACCAAACCAACUAAACAAAGCAACAAACAAAAAAAAACCGCAACUCACUACAAAACAAGCAGUAACAACAACAGCAACAACAAAAAAACAGUAAAAACCAGAAAACCAACAAUAGUAAUAAAAUGGAACAAAGAUGAUAUAUUUAUAUUUUUAUACAAAUCUUAUUACAAGAGCCAAACGAACAUGCUGCCGCGGUGCUCGGACACGCACAUGCACAUGAGUGUGCGUGGUUUUGUGCGAACCUCGCACCAAAACCAUCUCCCUUACGGUGUACCGCCUUCCCCCUGGGGGACGCGGAAAGAGGGAGACCAAGAGCGGAUCGGUAAUGCGUAAGGGGAAAUAUUUAAGCAAAAGGUUCUUCUAAUGUGGCAUUCUUCACAACCACACGUGGAGUACAAAAAACCUUACCCACACGUAACCAUCUGUGUAGUAGCGCCCGGCAGUAGCAGCGAAACAACAAAUAUGAGAACAAUAUUUGUAAUUCAGAGCCAGAAGGGAAGACAGGACAACAGGGGUGGCAGGCACGCGAAUGCAAGACGGGUGGGGCGCUUAUUCGAUGGAGGUCCUUCAACGGAUAGGAUCUUGGGAUUUUCCGACACUGCUCAAACCAUCGUAUGCCCUACCACCUUGCCGGCUGCCACCACCCUCUUACCACCUUCCUGGAUCCACUGGACGAAACAGAAGAAGAAACAGCAUUGGAAGCAGAGCAGUGAACACACACAAACCAUAUAGUCGUUUUAUAUAUUGAAAUCAGUACAUUUUACCAUUAAACAUCCUUAUUUUUAAACAUUUUUCUUUUCCAAAACCAACAACAACAACAACAACAACAACAACAGCAACAACAACAGCAACCAAAAGCAAAAGCAACACAAUAUAAUGAAAAAAAUAGAAAUAUGCGCGAACACUGACGACGAAUCAACAAAUUGAAGCUUAACAAAACCCACACAAAAAAAUAAGCAAAACAAUUGAAACAAGCCAAAAAAAUGAUACAACACGUAAAUCCAAUUCUCAAAGGAAGAAGAAAACGGCAACACUCAGCAGACUGUUAAAAAUGUGAUCAGAUAUAUAUAUCAUAAAGUAUAUAAAUAUAUAUUAAUACAUACCUGUAUAUGUAUUAGCAACGUAACUAAAUCAAUAGAGCAAAGUGCAGAAGAAGAAGAAGAAGGCACAAAGAAAAAGGGAGAAGGAGUAGAAUAUUUAAUCGCAAUCGAAACGAGCGACCGUUUGCAACAAAGCCAACGAUGCCGAUAGCAGCGUAUGUUAGGGCAGCAGUGACUGCAACUAAACGCUAGCGACGAACCCGAGCUCGAUAAACCCGGUUUCCUGCGGGGUAAAGCCUCGGGUGGGGGAAAUUGUUUCCUCAACGCAAAAUAUUCGAGUGACUACGGGGUUGCGGGGUGCAAAAAACUUUCCGAGCUUUUUUUUCGGAAGUCUACCGGAAGGGAAGCCCAGGAAGUUUGACGGUUACGGGUUAGGCGCGACCAUCACGCCCGAUCCGCUCAUAACCAUAAUUAAUUAACCAUCAUCAGUACCAACCCGCAAUGCUCGUCAGAAAAUGGAAGUGCGAAAUUGGCAACAGAAGCAAAAGCAAACAGAAAGCAAAACUACAAGUGAAUGAUUUACUUUUUCUUGUUCUUCUUUUUUUACAAAUUUUUGCGAAUAUUCGCUGUUUAAUAUUGAAAUUUUAUAUACAAACUGUUUUUAUAUAUACAGUGUCAAGAGUGCGCGAGUACGCUAUGCGAAGGAACCGAGCAGAAACACGUGACCCGAAACAAGCGAAGACAGAUUACGAGAGGGCUAGUAGGAACGCUAAUGGAAGAGUAUUUAUACAAAGCGCGAAACCGAAAGCGAAGCCAGUACUGUUAAACGUGCGCAACACAAAGCUGGUCGAAGCCGUGAGAGAAACAGAUAGAUAUACAUAUAUAUAGAUAUAUAGGUAUAUAUUUAUACAGAGUAUAAUUUUACACACACCAUAACAAUAGUGAGCAAUAGAGAAAAUGCCAUUUGCCAAAAGCCAAACGGGCUGGUCGGCGCUGGGUCAACUCCCGGCUUCGGCUGCCCCUUUGGACCAAAAAAGAUGCAAACAACCAAACCGGAAUGAUUUCAAUUUUACCAGUUCAGUUGAAAUAGCCAUAUCUGUGUGCUGGUUCCGGUGCCCGUGCGUAGCCCGACCCUGGCCAACCCUGUUCCAGAAGUGACCGUGCCGAACCUUUUUACAGGUCGUAGGGAGGACCGCCAGUGGCAAGGCGACAGGCACGCCCGGAACACAGUACGCAGCCAACACAGGGAUAAUCUUCUUAUGAUUUUUAUGGUAAAAUAAUGAAACGAAAUAAAAAAGCCAUUGUGAACACUCAACCACCGCCAACCGAGCGGCUGGAGACAACAAAUGUUUGUGAUAUAAUAAACAGCGUAAGAGCACAAAUCUUAGGAUUACAACUAUACCUGAUGCGGAGGUGAAACGUUAAGCACAGUUGUACGGGUAUAGUACGCGUACCCGUUUCCAAGGCUCUGAGAGAACAUUUUGUUUUCGUGAGCCAUUGGAGGACUGAACAUUUUCACCACCCGUGAGCCAUUCGAGAGAUAUGGAAAUCGGCUUUCGUUUUGUUUUUGUUUAGCCAUCACUACAAACUAAUUGUUUAAAGUUUACAACAGCAACUUUUGCCUUAUUUUUAAGAAAGUUGUAGGUAAUAAAAGCGCAAUAACGGCGAACCUGGAUCUGGACGCGCGAAAUACUGAUGCACUCACACUCACAGUUUACGUCGGCUGGAGUUGACAGCUUCCAAAUUCCUCUGCAAAACUGAUUUGCUGACCGAUCGGUGCCGAUGCUGUGCCGAAGCGGCGACCCUUGCCAAAACAGCAGCAUGAUUGUGGGUCGCUGAUUGUGAAGCACACCGGCACCAUCGGAAGAGUACAUAGCCGCGGGCAGGGGAUUCACACCAUCAAAUCUCCCAGUCGCUAUUUACUCAAGCAUGAUCGGACGAUUUUUGCCACGCUUCACGCCAGGCGUGGUGGAAUCGAGCAUUUGAAUUUUUGUCACUACCGAAGGCCGGAAUAGCCGCAGCAGUGGCAGCAACAAAUGACACAUGUAGAGCGUUGAAUCCUAUUCGCUAGUACGAUCAGUUAGCACACUGGCACGCUAGUAGUGCUACGGCUCGUACUCGCUACUCGGUGCGAAGCAUAACAAAACAAGGAACCAAUUAAAAGAUGAAACCACCUUCAACACGACUAGCAUCUAGUGCUGUGGUGGAUUCAUGAGAAUAACAACAAACAAAAUUGUACAAUAAAAUUUAAUAUUCGGCGAUAUUCCAAAAAGCAGGCUGUACUAGGUGAUUAUGUCAAAUGAAUUGCCUAGUACAUGUUUCGUGAGAUGUCAUUGCUAAGGUGUUAGGGAGAAGUUUGCGAUUACUAAACAUUUACUUGGUAAAAGAACACACAUUUAAAAAAUACUCAUUACUUAUGUGUUAUGAACGCCAUUUAAACGAUCUUUGAAUACCCUAAUGUGAUAAAUUUGACCCAUUAUGCUUCUUGACCAAAAUUGGCAUAUUCACAAAAAAUAUCUUCUAGAACUUCCAAAAGCUCAAAGUUAUGAUACAGUUGUUUAGGUGGUUCUUUUUCAUAAUUAAAUAAAAUUUCCCUUCAGGUACCGUUUUCUAUAAUAAAUAUAAAUAUAAAUAUAUAAAUAUAAAUAUAUAAUUACUAUAUUCUCUCCCUAGUUUGCAAAACACCGGCUUACCCUUAGCAAUGACAUCCAACGAGCCUUAACAUCGUUUCAUUUCAAUCAACAAUCUUACUCGAAAAGCAUAUAACAAACCCAAAUUUGGCAAGCAAACUUUUUGCGCGGCUUUUUUCCGUUCACCACCUUCUGUUAUUUGUUAUUGUAUAGAUCAAAAUGCACCAUGCCAAAACCAGGGCAACAAGCAAAUAGCAUCAACAAAUCAACAGCAGGAUAAAUGCAGGGCCUGUGCCGAGCUGCACCAGAUCCUUGCAGAUAUCGAAAACAAACAAAUCAAUAAUAAUUUCAAACAAUAGUGCCAGAGAACUUUACCAAUGUAACAAUUUUCACAAACAAUACAAUCUUAUUUUUGAUUGCAAUAAGUAUUUUUACCAAAACAUAACAUUAAAGCAGCUGAGAAAGAAUAGAAGAAAAAGAGAUAGAGAGAAAGAGAGCGAAAUAGAGAAAGAGAGGGAGCAACAGUUUACAAUAAUGUUAUAAAAUGAAUAAUAAAAGGAACUGGAACAUAGAAAACACGUACGUUGACCAGAUUGCACUCUUACAAAGCAAAAAGAGAAGAAGAAUAAGAAACAGUGGAAGUCAGUUAAACAAUCUUAGUAGUAAACUGUAAAAAUCACUGUAUCGCAAAACCCAUUUUCAUUCUGUUGGGAAACAAUUUUACUCUGCAUCAAACUCCGGUGCCAAGAGUCGCACAAACGUUAUUGCGAUUUAAAACCAAGCUAAUACUAAUGAAUGGGAGGGGAAAGUAAGCGAAACUAAUUUGAAUGACAAGAGCAAAGCUGUCAUUUACAAACACAAACAAACCCAUAUGCGACCCACGGUCCAAACGGGGGAAAACGAGCAUGAAACUGUAUUCCUUCAAUUUGUAUAGCCGUAGUAUGUAAGAUUUGAAACUUGGAAAACUAAACUUCAACAUGGCUGCCAUCUAGCCAAGCGAGUAGUCGCCGGCAGCAACUCCAAUAAAAAUAUUGUACCAUAAUGCCUGUACAUAGUCACAACAACCCCAACCGCACCGAAAUUGCUAAAAACAAUAAGUCGAGUAUGGGAGAAGCAGCGAGCAAGAGCGAGAGGGCGAGAGAGUUUCAUGAAAUCUAACCAUUACCGCGUUUUCUACGAUCGUAGCGCCACAGCCGCCAUCACAGCGACAUCGUCACUUUGAAGUAUGUGAAAUAAGCCUGGAUCUACCUUAUAGUAGAUUGAAAAAAAACACACACAUACACAACCACACAACUACAAAUCCGCUCCGGUUAGGUCUCAUGAAAUCAAGAAUUCAAUUCAAACUAAUGAGAAUAACGGGAAUAAUUUUGUACAACAGCGCACAACACGGUUUUAGUUUACGAUUUGGUUCACCGCGAUCAUGAUCAGGAAUCCAACUUCCAGCAAGAUAAGUAUGUACAGAACACAAAGAGUAAACAGAGACAGAGAGAGACAGAGAAAGAGAGAGAGGGGGGUGAACGAGAUAAGAUAAGAAUUGAUGUAACAAUUCGCCCGUUCUGAGGUGGAAAAUUCAGUCAAAUUUAACCACACCACUCAUAUGUGUGGCGCACGAUCUUACUGAUCUUAUCCAUCAGAUCAACACCACUCACCCGGAUUAAGACCGGCGUGCACCAUACAUCCGUAAAUUCUCCGAUAGGUCUUUCGAUAGGAGAAAAAAAAACUUACCAAGCAAUAGCUCUGAAGAGUUGGUCGAUGUGCGUCGACAGUGUACAGAACUAGUGUUCCCAAGUAACCAAUUCACGCUCUCCAAUUAACAUUCUUGUACUCCUUCACAGGAUCCUAGUCCUUCAACUUUAUUUUUAUUUUUGUUGCAUUAUGUGUACCCGUAGUAACAACGAUCGAGCCUCUAAGUUGAGUUUUGUGAUGUUUCUGUCGACCAGCGUGGCCAGCAAUGCGCCAUCAAGGUACGUAACUACAAACGCACAAAACGAAGGCACUUCGCAGUCGUUGAAUCUACCCAGGUAUUAAAAAAGUCAGCAACAACUUACAGGAUGCAUUGUACAGCAGUGUGCAAGCCAUAACAGAUACCAAUUAAACCAAACAAAAACGCAGUAUAUGAGCUAUCGAAUGGUUCGUAGGCAAUUCUCUUACACACAGAACCAUAACCCAACAAAACCAACAACCUCCUCCCGUGCUAGGUCCGGACCCAACAAUCCGAGAUGGUACCGAAGGCAAGGAUGGAUCUGAAAAUGGGCACCUCAAACUACACCGCAGGUAUUUCAGAUCCCAUCCAACGCUGUGGGUUCCAUCCGGUCAAAAUGGUACCGGAUUGGGGGGAGGCUCGAAGAGGGACUACAACACAAUGGCAAAUCAGCUAUGAUGCCAGGGAAUGAACAGUCAAACAGCAACGUAACUCACACUGCAGUGCUGUGAGCUGCUGGUUGAAUGCAAAGAACACAACUAUCUGAAUGAUGGAAAGCGAAACAAUCAGUUUUCAAUGCCGGACAUGUAGGACGAAACAGAUGAGCAGAGCAAGCGAACAUCUGUCAACGACAGCGGACAUUUGGAUCAAGCAAACGAUCACGAUCAAACGAUGUCGAUAAAUAUUGGUUACAGAAGAAAGAAACACGUAUAGCUUAACAGCUCGUAUCGUAACAUGGUGCAAGGAACAGCAUUGCAAGCAGGCGCAGCGAUAAUGCACCAUCCUAGCCGUGAGAAUGGGUCAAACGCUACGAGAACCAAAUACUAAUGCUAGACAGCGAAUGAAGUGGAAUAAACAAAAAGGUGAGAAACAGUUUUCUGACUUUGUUUCUUAUCAGUUGCGAUGGUGGGACAGUUUCCAGUAGAAGCGUGUAUUUCGUUUUAAGGUGGGUUGAAAUUUUACAACAAUAAUCCUAGUGCAAAAUUACCAUCGAGAACGCGAACAUACUAUAUUAUAGCUAAAGCAAAAGGAAGACAAGUCCCUUAACGUGAACAGAAUCCAAAGAACAAACAAAAAGGAAAGGAGAUAGAGAAAAUUGUGUUUUGAAAGCAAAAGGGCGAUUUGUGUUUUAUUCUUUCACAAUCACGUUGCAUACCAGUUUGAGUCGUUUUUGUCUAACAUUUCGUGUAAUCUAAAAUCUACCUCAUAUUAACGUAUACUUUUAAGCGAAGGCGAAGAAACAUAACAAAAAGUUAAAAAAAAACACGCGCUAACAAUGACGUUAUAGCAGGGUGAAAGGUAAACUACUCUCAAAACUAAAAGUAAAACGAACAACAACGGACAUACCAACUUAACGGUGUGUCAGAAAUGCGUAUCCCCAAAGAAAGGUAAAAAGAGAAGUAGAGAGCAAGGAAACAAAAACACGAGAAAUUAUUAAUGAAAAACAUCUAUGGAACAAUAUUUUUGAAACCAAUCCAGGAUCAAGAGGAAACAAAUUACAAAACAAAAACACUUACUCACAACUAAAACCAUCCCACAUUUUGGAACCAACUGUUUGAGAACGUACGACGCAAAAGUAACCAAAGGAAAACAAUUCAAAUCCCAUCUCGAUGGCUGACCAGUCGACGGGAUAAUCUAUCCAACGCUCAUACACAUACCCACCCCUUGCUUUGGCAUGCCAUUGGUAGAAUGUUCCCUAAAUUCAACAUGAGAGGAUUUAGCAUUUCCUUCCUGUGCAGCACGCUCGAAUACUUAGGUACGGCUACGGCUUCGUUUUCUUCACCCAAAAGCGCCAUCUGUGGUGAAACAAUUGAAACUUACAGUUACUGUUUGGUUAAAAAUUCACUAUCGGAAGAAUGAGAAAAUUAAAAAAAAUGUUUACGCAAUUGAUCAACAUUCGGUACACUUAGCUUCACUUGUUUCUGCGGAAUUCCGUUCCUACCUAUGUAAACUAAUAUUUCGAAUCGAAAGUACCGAGCAACCAAAGAAAAUUCAAGCAACCAAAACGCUCCGGAAAGCGUUUGUCAUUGGCAAACUCGAAAAUAAGCAGUUCAAUUCAAACGACGUGCUGUGCGAAAGCUAGUCAACAACGUUUAUUAUUGUUUGUUUAAAAACACAUCAUCCCCAGAUUUUCAAGAGAAAGCAAAAGAUCAUAAUGAAUUCACUAAGUACGACAGAAGUGUACGGGCAACAUCAAAACAGGGCAACAUGCGAGUGAAGCAAUAGAAGAAAACCGCACAAAAAUGAAAAUAAAAUAUUUGAACAAUCCAAUCAUAACAUAAAAUGGAAAGGAACAUAAUAAUAGCAAUUGAGCAACUCUAACAAAUAUCGGAUUUUUUCAAAUGCGUUGUCUGAUUUCGACAGUUUCGUUGGGCUGCCGCACGCAGAGUGUUCCGUCUGAACCUUGCGUACGGAUUUCCCGUUUCUUAAUUAUUUUUUAAUAACAAUCCAACAACACCGAAACAAACUGGAAAUAUACAGAGAUGCGAUAUGAAUCGCUACUAUUUUAGGCCAUACUUUGGAAACCAUUAUAUCAAUUUAAUAUGAAUGUAUAUAAAUAACCUUUAACGGGCAUUUCGAUGAACGCUUCGGCGGAAGAAAUCGAGUUGUUGCUUGCGGAAAGCAGCAACCGAUUGCUCUCCGUCAAGUGUUUGUUUAAAGUUAUGUUUUUGAGAAGAACGCUUGGUUUCAGGUUACACACAAUUAAUAAACAAUCACACACACAGCUAACAGACAAACAAUUUUAAAGUAAUACGGAAAGAAACAGCCAAGGAAGAGAAAAAGUAAUAAAUAGUGGAAUUCAGUUCAUCAACACCAUAAACGAAUCCAGCAGCUGAUAACACAUUCGCAAUCUAACAAUAGCAAAAGGAAGCGAAAGUACGGGCAAACUUCAAUAAAAAUCAGGUCUAAGGUGAGGUGCUUACAAUGAGAAGACACAUUCAAAGCUUACCCAUCAAGUGAAUAGUAACAUCAACAAACAACAGAAGCACUACGAAGUGAAAAAUAAGCUACUAAACGCGGUACAAAAUUACAGUCAAAAUUCAUACAAAAUGUCAAAAUUUCAAUGGAAGAUGAUGAUGCUGGAAAAACGUUGUUUAUUGUUGAUUUGCUCAAAACAAAAUUGAAACCAAAAAGAAAAACUAAAACUAACGCAAAAUUAUUAACGAUAGCCAACGACGAAAACGAGGAAAAAACACACACUCCAGAUAGGUGCGUAUGCGAAGCAAGGUUUGAACUUUGUUAUAGUAAACCCUUUCAUUCGUACAAAAGAAUUCAAUAGAUUACAAUACUUUCAGAUUCUUCUUGGUGAACGUGGUUUCGAUUUAAUGUCUGUUGUAAAGCAACGCAUAGUUUAAAAUAGUUUUUUUUUUGUGUUGCGUUUAAUUAAAUAAAAAAAAGGAACGUAAUGCUAAAAAUAUAAUAAAAAUAAAAUAUGACAAAGCAUUCCAAUGUUUAAACCAUUGCUUUAAUUAUUUUCAAAUCAGACUUUAUAAAAGAUUUCAAAAGUAUGAUUCAAACAAAAAAAAACUUAAAUGCAUUUUUUAAACCUAGUUUCGCAUCCAAAUGAAACAGCUCGCUCUAUCUGGAAUCGUGCGGUGGACCAAGCGUAGGAACAGAAGGGGCUAAACUUUCGUUUCAAAUAUAUCCCGGUCUCUUGUUUAGGAGUAAUCUAGGUCAAAGUUGAAAACUAAAAACGCAGCAAACCAAUAAUAACAAUAGAAAUCAAACGAACAGAUGUAAAGACAAGACAGCAAACAGGCAAACAAACCUGCGAAAAGAAUGGAAACAGAGGUAAAAAAGAUGUUCUCGGCAAUGUUUUUUGGGAUUUCCGGUCUAAAGAAUAGAAGAAGAUGAAGAAGAUAAAAAUAUCACGAAAAAAGUACAAGCUUAUUUGAAGCACCUUCGCGCCUUAUCUUUAAAAAAUUAAAACAAAAAAGAAAACAUGUGAAACAAAUCUUAAGAAACGUAAUUAAGAAACACAAUUUUAAACAAACAAAACAACUCAGCAAAGUAACGGUAGUGGCGAAAAUAGAAACCAAGAGAAGACGAAAAACCGCAACCGCAAAAUGGCAAAGGGAUGAACGUAUGCGUGUGAACUGCGUGUGAAUCAAAACGAAAGCAAAACAUAAAAGCAAACGAAGAAACGGUCGUUUCACAGAUUUGGACAAAAUAAAAAAGAAACAAACAAAAGACAAGUCACGGAGCAAGUGAGCGUGCAAAAUCAAGCAAGAAAUACUACGCGUACUAAGACAUUGUGUGUAAUUUUACCAAAAUCUGCCUUAACUUAUAUUUUCUUAUAUACAAAAAAAGAAAUGGAAAUCAAGAAAGCAAAAACAAAUAAAAUUUAAAAUGUGAAAUAUUGCGGUUAGAAUCUAAAACAUUACAAAACUGAAAGCAGUAGCAGAAGAAGUGUUCCGAACCGAAAGUGCGGUAGCGAGGAGAAAUUCUAUAUUAAGGGAAGCACUAGAAAGCAGAGAAACUAAUUCAGGUCUUAAAGUGAACAGGAUUCAUAUUUUGACUACUCCCAACGGCUUAAGUUCCGUAGAUUUAGGUGUUGCUAUCAUGUACUAUGGACAAACAAACGGGCCACAAAACAGUAAAUGGCUAACGUCAUGCAUAAGCGACGCAUCCAAACAAGAGGUACAUAUUUCAAACACCAUGCACCAACAUGUUGUGAGAUGAGCAAAACACUUUUUUAAAGCACGCGAUGUAUGGAUCACACAAGAAAACGAACGUACCAUCAAACUACACUUUUAACGGAGCUUUUCAGAGUGUUCCACCAUGUUUUAUUUGGGAUCUUCAGAAGAAAAGCAAAUUAGUUUGUUUUUAAACUUUUACAAGAAAUUGCUACCAACUACUUCUGAUAAAACCAAAACCUGAUUCGGAUGAGGUCCAUGCCAUGUUUUUUUUUUUUCAAACAGAAAUACCUAAAGAGAGUAAAGGUAAAUUUGUGUACAGCAUUAGUACCUGUUAGUUUCGGGCCGCUGUCCUUCUCUUAACGCUGCGCAUCCAUGAUCGAAGCGAGAUUUUACCAUCCAAACAUCAAGCUAACGAAUGUUAAGUAAAAGAAGAAAUUAUUGAGAAAUCGAAGCGCACUGAAGAGGCGUUAGAAACCUACCAGGUACUAUAGUGACUGCAAGUACGAAGGAAAACUACCAAAGGUACACUUUUUACAUGAUCGUGAACAAUGGCAGCACAAACAACACUCACAUCAGUGCAGAUCAGAUAAUUACGGUAGGGAAUGGAUAAAAAAGACACAUACUGUGUGAAGCAAACUAAACGGAACAAACUACUACUAUUCCUACUACUAAUCGAGAAGCCAACAGGGCAGCACCUAUCUGGCUGACACCGGGAAACGCAACCGGAAGACAUCGGAUGUGAAACAUCGGAAAGGUUUUGUUUUUCCAAAUGUUCAAAAGGACACACACAGACACAUUAUGGCAUAGGAUGCCGAGCCCGUGUAGAUUUAUUUACUAGGACGUUUCUCAACAAAGAGAGGUAUAAGCAUGUAACCAUUUUGCCAAGAGGCAGAUAGGAAAGUACAUCAACGAGCAGCAAACGAGAAGGUACAUUUUUGUUUUAUUUCAUUCAUUCGUGGGAUGUAGCAUAAAUAAUGUGUAAAGUUAUCGGAAAAGGAGCAAUCUCCGCAAAUCUUGUCGAAUGCGCUAGGCCAAUACUAUGCAAGCAGAGCGUUUGCUAAAGCAGGCAAAAAAUGUGGACAAACGUGCAACAUUGCAUCAAAGGAAAAAUGGGGUAAAGUGCUAAAGUAAUGCAAUACAGAGAGAGAGAGAGAGAGAGAGAGAGAGAGAGAGAGAGAGAGAGAGAGCGAGGCAGCAUAAAAAAGGCACAUGCAUAGGUGAAAAGUAGAAAUAAAAUUUCACAUGACUAUUAACAAAACAAAAAAGGUAUAAGAGCGCAAAGUGGGGAGAAAGGCAGAAAGAGAACACACAAAAACCAUUGUAAUUUUAUUCCUUAAUAAUGAAAAGUAAAUCCCAAAGUAAGAUAAAUCAAAUAUUAGUAACUAAAUAAAAGAAGAAGCAAAGCAGCAAGAAAGCGAGACGCGAAAGAGAGAAACGCAUUACCAAACCAAGAAGUAAAAUUUAGACAUAAAAGUCAUGGUAGCGGUUAUUUCUAAACUAUUUAAUACUUUAGGCCAACGUUAGUGAGCAACAAGCAGCACCAUUAAGGGCAAAACGAGAUCAACCAAAUGAGCUGAACAAAAGACUAAAACAAAAACUGAAUCAAGAAGAACACAGGAAAAGAAAUCUUCUAACCCCCAAACCCCAUAACCGGCAAAACAAAAAAACUUCAUUACAACCUCAAACAAGCGUUAUUUUAUAAAGAUGUACCAAAGCUGGCAACGUUUUAAGUUCACCCCAACUGCCAGUUUGGUAUCAAUUUGCGUUUACCAUUUCCGGCAAAUACCGAGCACACGGCCCGUGUCGCUCGGUGCCCCGUGGUCUGCGGAAGGCCUGGGCGGCACUGGUUGGAGGCACAAUGGUAACUAAAGGCGUUGAUGAUAAUUUUCUUCCACUCUUUUAUUUUCAAUUUGAAAUUUACGUUAGGAGAAACUGGUUUUCGGUUAGUUAUUGCUAUGUACCCAGCAACAGCAACUACUAAGCAAACUAAUACUACUACACACACACACAUACACAUACAGACAACCGCAGGUCCACCGGCAGAUGGCAGAAAACUACUAGGCGGGUGACGCCAGAUCAAUCGAUCUUUCACUCCUGCCGAUGGACCCCCAGAGAAAUAAUAUUUGAGAUUUAUGAUUUGCAAGAUACUUAACAACAUGCACGCACGCACUAACACACAUACACACAUACACCGUAAACAUAUUCAGAAAGUAAUGUGUGCUCUUGCCCUGAAACAACACAAGCAAGCGAACAAUUGCAAUAUGUAUUGAACGUGUGUGUGGUAUCUACAGGGCCUGAGGCACACUUAUUUGGAUUUUUUUAGUACUCCGUACCAAUCGCAAGUAGGACAUAUGUGUCCCGUAGGAGCCUUUCUUAUGUUUUCGACUUAGAACAUAAACCCUUGUCUUAUUCGACAACGAUUACAAUCCAAGCGCAGCAACCAACUGUAAAAUCUCGAAAACGAAUGCUCCUCGAAUUUGAUGGGUCUGCAGGGUAAACUACUACAUGAACAAAAUUGUAACAAACUCAAAAGCAAAAUUAGAAAUUACUGUUCGUCUCGUACGCAGUGCUUUCUGACGAGUGUGUAAUGGAGAACAUUGAGACUUUUCUUGAUUCUUGGCUACUUUUCGAUUCUCCAAUGAAAUUGAAAAAAAGAUACUUGUAUAUUGGUAAGCAGUUGUGCAUCUUCAUUGACAAAAUUCCGUAUCACACUGUAAUGGACAGACAAUUCCGAAGAAAAUUCGAAAUUCCGAGCGCAAAAAAGCACUUUUGGAACGUAAAUUUGACUUUUGGUAAAUGUUUUCAUUCGACUGAACCGAAGAAAAUACUGUUUCGGCGGCAAAUCUUUCAACAACAAAAAAAUCUUGUGGAAACAGAAAAAAAAGGUUUUUUUAUAGGAUCAUCACAAAAAACAAACGGUGUGAUACUUUCAUUAAGUAUAAAAAAGCAACAUCGAGUAUUUUCAUGAUCGUUCUGGAUGCAUAUUUUCAAUAUGAAUGCAGCAUUAUCAUUCACCACAUUCACAUACAUACACCACACAAACACACAUACACACACACACACACACCAGGAGGAAGAAAAUCCCAACAAUCAUGGGAAUUAAGUUGUGAUCGUCGGACGAGUAGCCGAGCAUUCUCAAAACUGAAAUAGCCACGUUUUUUAAUCUCUGACAUAAUCCAAAACCGUUCUAACAAUAGCAAAUGAAGGCAAUCAAAAUGAAAUAAAAAUGGAACAUUUAGAUAUUUUAGUUUCUUUUUUGCAGUCUGCUGACGCCACACAUUAUCGCAUGCCCAAUUUAAGUGGAUGUUGUUUCCGUUGCGCAUCGUGCGACUACGCGUGAGCAAGUUCAUUCACUAUGCAGCACGGAACAAUGCACUGGGCAAAUGAAAUUCAAACGAACGAUACUGAUUGAACAUGCGAUCGAACAUGGCAAAGCAAACGUCAAACAGAAAUUACAUCCUUCUGGCGUAAAACAUCUUUUGGCGAUACUAACGACGGUACGUUAUGGCUGCAAACAUCUACCAAAACAUAAUGAGCGCGCUAGCAGUGAGUAUUAACUUCACUAGUACAAUCGAUUUGGCAUGCCACAAACAUUUCAAACAAACUUUGGCUAACAUUCUAAAUACACUUGAACAAAAACUAACUAAACACGAAACUAAACUUUUACCAAGACACUUUGGCCACAUACAAAGCAUUCGGAACAAUUAGUAAAAUGUAACUGGUACUAAAUCAUUACAAAAACAACACCACACGUAUCCAAAAUGAAACAAAAUUGCUAGCGCGUCAACAUAACAUCAACAGUAAACAGCAACUCUACAAACACAUUUCAACCGGCAUUCAAAAACAAACACAAAAAGGUAACACUUGGGCCGCCACGUCCGAUCUAAAGUGCCUUCAAAAAGAAUAAUAAAGUAAUAAUGUUGAUUUUUACAAAAAAAAAAGAAAUGGAAAAGAUAAAUAAUUAAUAAGUUUUAUAUACGAAAAAAGAGAGUAAAAAAAUGCGUAAAAAAAGUGCGACGAUGAUGAAAAACGACGAAAAAGCGGAACGAUGAGGAAGUAUAAAACGGGCCCUUUAAUAGACUUCUCGCCCCAAACCAAAGUGUUCGGCUACUCGUGCGCGAUCUUGUGUAACUUUUUUGUUUAUCUUUUGUUCCAUUCUACUGUCAUAGAGCGUGUCAAUUGAUGCGCACUUACCAAUCAAUCAACAACAGCAACAAUAAACAGCAGCAAACCAUCAACAACAAUACAGAGUAUACUGUUGCAGAUUGCAGAGUGUAAAGAGUAGCAAACAGCAGCAGCAACAGCAACAGCAAGCCAAACCAAACAGAUCAGAUGCAAUAGAACUACUGGACCACAUUUUUAUUUUUCGAACAAACACCUCUACAAAAGCACAAAACCACAGAAAAAAUACAGGCAGAAACAACAAACAGAAGAUAACAGUCAUUUGGAAAGCUCAAAAACGUGUUUAGAAAUAAAGCAGAAUCGGCGGGCCGGCAGGCGAGAUUGAACGGUGUGAUGUCACUUUUCGUGUAAUGAGUAAGUAGCGAAACAAAACACAAACCAAAUCUAAUCAAUAAAUGGAUAGUGGAAGAGAGGGAUGGUAGUGAAGGGAAGAAAGGACUAAAUUUAAGUUUAAUAAUGUAUAAUUCAGAACAUGAACAGAUAUAAAAUUGCAGCAAAAAAGCGAAUGCAAAAGCAAACCAUAAAACUACACUGUUACACGAGCUGGGAAAGUAGAAAAAAAAGAAAAUUUACAAAAAAAUACAUUAAUACACUUAUAAAAAAGGUAAAAUUACACACUACCACGAUGAGAUAGCCUAUCUAAAAGCCAUAAUAUCAAAACGAUAACACUUGCAUGUGCAAAAUAGUUGUCGAUCAAAUGUAACUCGAUUUCGUGGAAAGCAAUGAAAACUUAAGAAAGCAAAAUGUCAAAGAACUCACGGUUGAGACUUUGUCCUGUACGAGAGAAAGCUAACGGAAAGAGGAAGGAAGGAAAACAACAGAGGGACAAAAUUAAACAUACUAGUACGUAGUGAACAAAGGCAACAAGACAGCAAACUAAAAACACUGAGCAUAACCAACUUACAAGCAUCAAACUCGAGAUGGCCAUAAUACUCUAUGACAAAGGGAAGAAAAACAAAACGGGAAUGUAUCAAAUCCUAUUUACAUUCAGCGGCAACGGCAAUGCCCGAAAGCCGUUGCGCAAUUGUAUUAAAGUGAAAAGGAAAAAUCUAAUGCAAAGAAGAGAAAAGAGAAAAAUCUACCAAAUUAUCGAACGAUGAGUUACACUUUUAAGUUACCGUAUGUUUUGGCUCACAUUUGCGGCUUCGUUUAACGCUGCGUUGCGGUUUGAUAGCAUCGUGCCAAAACGGGACUGCCUCCCGAUUUUCACCUAAUUACCGAAUUACUAUAUACAGGGAGGGACCGCUUUGCGCAUGCUACACGUACGACCGUGCGUGCAAAUCGUCCGCAGCGAACGACUGUCAGCCAACUUUAGUCAUCGUUUUUUGGUUUGUUUUUAGUUUUAAUGUAAAACAUCAUGACAACCCAAACAACAGCGCAAAGCUGUGUAAGUAAAUAGUUUAACAAUGCAAAAAAGGAAGAAGGCAAACAACCACACUAACACAAUACAAUGCUCUCACACACAUAUUCUUUAACAUUAAGCAACCAAUUGCAGAAUGAAGAAGCAAAUGAAUUACUAAUAAACAAGUAACAAACCAGAAAUCUUAAACCACAACCAUUUCCCCCCCAACGCCAAAUCAUAAGCAAAGGCAACCCCAAUUCCUAGAGAGAAGAAAAUUUCCAAAAACUUAUCACUAAACGACAAAACGCAAAAAAACGAAACACAAAUUAUAUAAACAACAAGUGUCAAAGCGAAGGGUGACCACAUCACUACUGUUCUACUGAGGGAGACACUAGGCAGACCGCAUAAAAGAAAAAAAAGGGGGUAAAGAUUGGCAAUCAAUCGCAAACCAUUCCUACCAUGCUUUUACUUGGGUGCAUCGCAAACUGUUUUCCACGCAAACGAUCACACGGAAGGCAAACCGUUUGCCAAAAUGCUUCCAGUGCUUCGAGGAAGGUGACAGUAAGUGCAACCGCUGAUGUGCUGUUUGACGGUUUAAAAAAUAGUAACAACUUGUAGUAGUAACACUACUAGCACUACAACUAUUACUAGCACGACAAGCCAUCAGCAAACCAAAGACAAGCUCUUAUUGUGUGCGACAGGGAAAUCGAAGCAAGAAGAUUCUUUUGUGGUUGGUUACUUUUAACCAUCAGUCUACUUCUGUUCACUUGAAACGUCUUCUUCGAGAGGCGUCCCAGUUACCAGUAUACUAGGCAUAGUAGACAAGGUUGGUUUGUUUUGUAUUUUUUUUAAAGGGUUUUGUUCAUCGCUCGCCUGAGCGAGCAUUUGUCGAGUUCUUCCCUAUUUGCUAGUUCAAAAGGGACGCAUGCACAUUUAACUCUUUCCGCUGGCUGUAGAAGGCUAACAACGUGAUUUCUGCUUGAUACUGACGAGAGCGAAACAAGUGUAAGGCUCCGGUCGUGUUGCAUUCAGUGUCUUACCGAUUGGUACCGAUCGUUAGAUCGCGGAACACACGCGCCCAGACAAGCAAGACAAGUGUUUGUAGAACCUUCUGCACCGCUCUCUAUACGCAGCAUUAAUCUAAAACUGAAAUAAUUUGGCGCUCCAGAGCAGCGAUAUAUUUUACAGGGCUUUAAAAAAAACCCAGCAGGUUUUAUUUUUUGUUGCCACAAUUUGUGUCACAUUACUAAAUAAGCAAUGUAUACUGCAAGCGCACUGUAACAGUAAAACCCAGAACAGAGCGUAAGCAAACCCAUUUACCUAACUAACGAAGCAUGCGGAGGAAUGUGGCGAGAUUAAGAAGCAAAACCACUCUUACACAACACGCAAACAAUUUUAAUAUAAACAGAUAAACAUAAUACAAGCACCGUGGCGACGAGCAGCAUAAGAAGACGAUGAAGAAGAAGGAGAAAGGAGUAAUGAACCAAGUGGAAAACAAAAACAAAAUGCAUAAAGAAUCCCCCAUCUUCCAUCCACCGAUCCAGUGAGCUUCGAGGCGAACCGGCGGCUUGCCAGGUCUGUGGCGAAGGGUCAUCAACUAUUUUUUGCUAGUAGAUUUAAGUGAAAGUACGAUGGGCAGUUUUUAUUGGCUACGUGUCGGUUUAGGGUGCAUGGCCCCCGGCGGCACUUGCACGUGGUUCGAGGGGUUAGGUGUAUGCUCAACGUUUCCUACCGUUUCACCGUGCGAUGCACCGCGAAAGGAGUGAUUUCCAACCGAACAUGAUGCUUACCGACCCGUGAUGUCUGCAACGUGUUUGGUCGGGUGUCGUCAGACACAUGGCGCAAAAAAAAGUGUUUCGAUCCCACUGUUUUCACUAGAUCGAUCAAAGAUGAAAACAUUUUGCAUUGUGGAAAUUCAAAAUUGAUGCUUUCUUGGAACAAAAUUCAAAACCAAACAAAAAUCCUACCCUUUUGAGUCAUUGCGUGUGAGGUGUUAGAUUGAUGUUGUCCUCCUUUAGCAAGGAUUUGUCUUGCGCAUCGCAUCGAGCUGAACGGGUUCAUCAACGGUCGAGCACACCAAGCGUAGUUUCGAGCAGGGAUUGAGCUAAUGACGGUCGGCCUGCGGUGUCGACGAUUGGACUGAUAAAUGAUGAUUCCUAUUACGUGCGUAAAAUGCACUCUUACUAAUACAUUCACACGCUCACAAAUACAUUUACACCACAACACACACACACACUCACUCACAUUAACAAACAACGAUCCUUCGUCUAAGCGGACAGCAAGCUGCGGUCGCCAUUCUCGGUCUGCGGUCGGUAUGGUAUGGGGUAUAACUUAUUUUUUGUAAUCUAAUUUUAAUCACACAAACACACCCACAAGCAUAUUGUAUUUAUUCUCUAUUUAAAUGCAGCAAAACAAGCAAAGCAAAACAAAAAAAAAAACAUAAUGAAUGAUGAAAAAUUAAAUAAACACAAAACUCACCAGUAAAUAGUAUCGAAAUAAUCAGAAGUAUUCAAACAUUAUUUCUCAAAACAAAGCAAACGAAUAAAACAAACAGAAGCAACCAGCAGCAGCAACAAAACAGAUACAGAAGCUAGAGGAUACGCGAACACGUAAUUUCAAAUCCACAAAGGAGAAAAUCUUAGAAGAUACGAAGAACAAACAACAACCAUAUGCAAAAUGUAUUUUAAAAAGAAAAACCAAACUUACUAACACAGAAUGCAGAAGUAAAUGGAAAAGUACAUACGACGAUCAUCAUCAGCAGUAACUUGAAUGAUAAUACCAUCAGAAAAAACAACAACAACAACAACAACCGAACCGAAUAAUCUGGAAUAUCCAUAAUUUUCAAUUGAGACAGUGUGCGCUACUUUCUCUACCGCUGGACACACUGUGGCCUCCCGGAAGAGGUGACAGGGUGAGACAAACCCUUGUCUGGCAGAGCGAAUGCCACAAACCACCGGAGCCGACAGACCGAGUGCAGCGUGUGUGAAACAAAGGAAACCAACAUUUUGAACCAACCAAAUAUUAACUAAAUGUGAACUAAUCAAUCUUAAUUCAACUAACAAACAAACAAAACAGCAUUGAAACAUAACGCAACACCGAACAACCUGUACCAGCAGUUCCAAUGUAGUAACACCAGCACCGAAAGCGAAACACGAUGGUACAUAUUAUCCCGCAAAACAAACCAACCAUUUUCUGCAUAAGUUUUCAUUUCUGUUUUAACUUUUCAAUCGAUUUUUCACACCUUUUCGGAAGCGUAAAAGCAAACAAACCAAAACCAAACAAAGCAAAAGCAAAAGAUAAGAUCCAAGUUCAACAACGUAAACUUUUGGCACAAUUUGUAGCACGGAAACACACUUACACAUUUGGACGUUAGAGACAAUGAAGUUGGAGAAUUGUUCAACGAUGCGCACCCGGGGCGCAGUCAAAGGGCUCGAAUCAACGCACUUACCAUUCAAACACGACCACCCCAGGAAACUGGAAUAAGGUGCAGCCCGGAUGCUGUUGCAAAACGAAGCGAAGGAAAAACUGUCACGAAACGGGAGAGAUAGAGCGCAGGCAAAAGUACGAUAUAGAGAGAAGCGAAUCUGAAGACUAAUUCAAACCAAUCAAACCAAACCUAUCCUACCUCUCUGUGAGGUGCACUCAAAAUCUAGCAGGAUACUUUCGGUACUUCUUGGGAGUUAUUUUCAGUUCUGGUUUUUAGUGAUCCGUAGCUAACAUAGUUGAGUUGUCUUUUGUCGAAUGUUUGUUUGUGAGAUUUCUGCCCAUAACAAAACAGCACAACACCACGGCACGCCAAGCAAUACGGUGAAGAUGAUGAAGAUUUUCGCCCAAGAUCUUCCUACCACCAUCUGCCCCGCCUCUCGAUCAUCCUGCUGGGGUACUUCAUGCCCGUAUGUGCUGGUGUGCGCGAGUAUAUUUACAUGCAUGAUAUUGCACCGGAUCCGAUAGCAAGCAAGGCUUUGCAAAACAUCUCGAAGCCUUGAACGCUGAAGCGUGGCUCCAGAACAUCGAGAAACACGCCAACCAGAAAAGCCCCGGACAUUCCACUAACAGAUGGCGAAAGGGGUUGUGUGCAAAUCCCACAACAAAACACACAACAACAACACUCUACUUACGUUGUAACAUGCACAAUAGACCAUACGAGACGGCGUCGGCAACACAGUUUUGCUGCGCGUUUCUCAAUAAUUUCUUUCUUUAUUUCUCAUUUGACUCUUCAACUCCAAACCAACGAGUUCAAAAACAAACAAACCCAUAAUGAACACACAUACAGACACACUACUGCACCGGCACACGAUCACACUAUCCACCUACAAAACUACAACCACAGCAGCAGCAGCAGCAGCAACAGUUAGAACUGAACCACAUGUGGACCCAGCACGGGCUCAACAUAAACUAACCCCAAUCAACAGCAAAACAACCAACCCCCCAUACGCAAUAAUGGCGAACAAUAGUCAAACCUUCUGGACAGGAUAGCCAAACCAAUAACCAAACCAAACUGUAAAAUAGUGAACUCGACGACAGCUCCCCGGCGGCGGAGCUGAACGAGUGUGUGGAGUUAGAUGUACAUACAUUAUAAACCAUACCGGAUUUAUUUCACGGAUCUUUACGUUCCAUUUACGCGGCUUUCUGUUGACAGUUUUCCACCACCCGGUAAUCAAUAUUGCCACAAUCACAAUAGCCGAGCCUGGCAGACGCCGGCUCGGGCACCGAUAAUUGCGCCCGCCGUGACAGCCGGCGACUACCGGUCUCCGAGCGACCGAAGCCGGGAGCAUCGAGUACGGUAGUGACGACUGACGGCGGUCUGCAAAGAUGUAUUUUAUGUUGAAAUAGGAUAAAGUACCUAACUAACAAUGGUAAAGCAGAAGAAAAACGAAAAAAAAAAAAUUUCACUCAAGCCAAGGAAGCAACGACAAAAGACGGCAGAAGAAGCAGAAAAAACACAGGAAGGACAGAAAUACUUUAUGCAAAAAAACACCUACUAACAUAAGAGAAUGAGAGAUAGGAAGAUCGCACAACAGAGAGUAAGGAAGAGGGAAAAAUGAAAUCAGAAAACCACCAAACAGCAAGAGAAGAAAAUAAUAACAGUAACUUCCAAGAAACCGACAAGAACAUGCAAACAGAACACGAUUAGUAGUUGCAGCAAAGGGUGCAGAACACUAUAAAGCAUGAAAACAGUUUAACAAAACAAAAAGAAAGAAGACAUCAAACAGACAGACCGAUAGAGAGAAUAACGGUAAGAAAGUGCAUCAAAAGUAAACAAAACGAAACAUUUGUGCCAAAAAUUUUCGAUUGCAAAACUCACCCACACACUACACAGAAACACAUACACAUUUACACACGAAAAAGUGGUACUUCUAAUGCAACACAACAACCACAACCGCUGCAGGUGCUAUAAAAGGCACUUGCGAUCCAGCAGGUAUCUAAACUACUACUAUUACUAAUAGUGCUACUAAUACUCAAAGAUCAGAGUCAUACCAGAUCGAUCGAUGAACAAACCACAAUAUUUAACAACAAAAAUUCACACACACACAUACACACACAUACAUACGCAACAUCAACAACAACAGCAACAGCAACAACAAACUUGGUAAUAAUGACACGCUUCAGUGCGAAUUAUGUUUCAAAUACCUUUUUGAACCAUUUCCGUUCGACCCUUCUCGGUUCCAUACGCACCGGAAAGGCCGGUGCGCAAAAACGCAAAAUCUCAAACACUGGAAACGUUUUAAGUUUGCUGAGUUGUCGGACAUCAGCCGCAAAGCGCUGAGCUCGACUGGAUGAGUUGCACGUUUUACUGUGCGCGAGCAAGUACGCGCCAUCAGCCAGAUCCCUCGACAUUGGACGGAAAUCACACAGUUCCGGAAAGUUUGCUAAAUCUCUUAAAACCUUCCUUCACCGUCCACCGAACCGAAGGAAGGAAGGGCGCUCGAGGUGUGAAGGCAGAAAUGGGCGCGGCUUCUCCCUCGCACAUACUUUUGAGUUUAAUUUUCACCAUAGACAGGCAGCAGGCAAAAAUGCCAGGCAAUCGCACGCGGCCAGCAACAUCGGCGCGGGCAGUCGAUUGUUUGCAUUCGCCACAGGAUCAACCACAUACCACCACCACAUAGUUCGUGGAAAGAAGAGUGUGUUUUCGGUUUCGGCCAUGUUUACAUCACAGGAGCAAGAUGGAGCAGGAGAGCGAGCGGCGCUCGAGCAGCAAAUACAAUAUCAACACACAGUUACAAUAUGCAACCACAAGUAAACCAAUUUUCCACUAGCAAUAUCAAGAUAAUGAACGCGCAAGCUGGACGGGCUGCCAGGUGUCCAAACGGAGCGGAGAAAGGGGAUACCGAAAUGAAGGAAAUGAACAAACGGAAAGGGUAGUUAGCGGAAGCCACCCAACAACUGAGAAGUUACAUCACUUACUAUCCAAGCCAUAAACGAGCAACAUCAAGACAAAUACAGCCAAUAGAUGGGUUGAAAGUAACACUACACCACCAAGUAGAUGCAACGACAGCAACGACAGCAGCAGCAGCAGCAACAAACGAUCAAAUGAUCCAUCCAUCACCGACGUCUGGCUGCAUUCGGGGCAAAUAGAGCAGCAAUAGCAAACGGUUAAUUUUGUGCACCUCCAUAUAAACGCUCGGCAGUGGCGGUGGCCUCGCUUUUCGGCCGGAGUGCUUUGACGCACUUGAUGCAGCGGAAGGACACGUUCCCGCGCGCCCGAAACGGUCACCAUCAUCCAGCGUUUGACCUACCCAAAAAAUGCAACAAUAGACAGGUUAACAAUAGUACAUGAAAAAGAAAACAAACACACACACACACAUACACACGCACUUACUCAUACCUACACACACACAAAAACACAUUGUAAUGACGACUGUAACUACUGGCUACACCACCAACACCAUCUGGCAGUGCAUAUAAUUCUUUUUGGAACGAACGCAGCAAACAAAUUACCCUUUCGGACUUUGCGAACGAAACAGUUUUCGGAAAAAAACGAAACCUGACAAAAGCAAACGGAGCAGCAUACACAGCAGGAACAGAACUCAAUCAUUUUUGGAUAUUCCUGACGAAACAACGAGACUCGUCUAUAUCAUCGAUACACUAGGGUCUUGUAGUAAACCGAAGAAACGUUCUCUGUUUUAGAGUUUGCGGAGACGACAACAGCAACAGCAAUGGAUAGCAGAAACCACUACUGGCAGCAACCAUAACGACUUUUCGAAUCAUUCGUGCACUGUUUGUUCGAGCGGUACACAGAUUUGUGUUUAUCAUUUUCAUCGUGCAGUACACGCAAUAGUAGACGCUUUUCAGUUGCCUUCAGUUUCAACCAGUUUAAAAUAGAAAUGAAAAGAUGAGAGAGCGAUAGAGAAAGAGAGAAAAAGCAAAGUGAAAGGUGAAGACACACACCACUAAACCCUCAUGCGAGCAUCCAUCAGCAGGAACCGGCUACACAACAGCGAAGCUGGUCGAACUACAUCGUGCUGGUGGAUCUUUGGAAACUAAAACAAACAAAGCAAAACAAAAAGGACAAAACAUCAUACGGCAAACAAUAAUGACGUAGCGGUUAUGUUUUUGGAAAUUUUUGGAUAACAAAUAAUAGAAGUGCAAACAAACAUCACAACUCACCCAAACGAAACCGAGCGCGCAAACGCAGCAAACAAUUGAAAUAGUCAAAUCAACCGGAAAACAGAGCAAACUGUCAAAGUGAACAAAUUCCAAAACUAGUAUUAUUUUUGCAGUUUAGAAACAACAUUUUCGGGACUGUAAUGCUAUUUUAGAGCGAAAAAAUCUGUCUUGGAGUGAUUUUUAUAUUUAUUAAAUUAUUUCGAUCACUUGUUUUACAAGAAAAAACAAGUAUUUAUAAAUACAAAAAGCUGGCAAAAUGCGAAAUGUCUCUUUUCGAUCGAAACGGAAAUAAAAAGAAAACAAAUGGUAGUAAACUUAAAGGUAAACGGAAGAUUUAGACGUUGGCAUAGACAACGAACUUGACAGAAUAUCGUAGUCAGGCAAGCCACAACAAAACAAUUAUAGCGCGAAACAAAAAGGAAACAAAGAAGACAUCUCAAGAACAAACAAAAAAUCAGUGUAAUAUUGCUAUCCAACACAAGCAACAUUGAAUAGCGACCCUGGCACGAAACCAGGCCGGUGUCCGGUACCGUUAUGCAGCGGAACGAUGACCUCACUGUGAUCUCUUAUACACAGCUGUAAGACAUUGUAAUUUGUACUAUUUAUCUAGGGAGUUAACUCAAAAAUUACUCUUAAUCCAGUCCGAGAUCCUAUUUAGGCGCAAAAAAGGAAGGAUUGAACGAAGAAGAAGAAGAAGCAAAGCUGAAACAGUAGAUCUCGGAUAACCAAAAUUGCCCAUUUAGGCCGUCACUUAUCGUGGAACCAGAAACAAGGAAAGGCAGAAAGGAGAAAAUUAUGUAAAGAAAAAUUAAACUAAAACUAUACCGUUUAGGCCACUGUACAUUUAGAAUGUGUGUUGUAUAUAGAGCACAAGCAGGAGCAAAAACGAAGCUAUAAAAAACAAAACAGUGUAAAGUGAGUCAAGAACGGUUCCAGAAUAAUCAGUACCGGAUCGGAGCCUCAGGCCGUGCGAUAAGGGUAAGUUCGUCAAGCCAUUCGCUACAUCCACAGCUCAGCUCAGCAACAUAUAGUGUACGAUCACAUGUGCUGUAUAUGGUCAACAGAAACAGAUACCAUUUGAGGAAAGGUCAAAGUUUUCAUUGCACUCUAAUGCGAGAAACAAAAAAAUAAACAAAAACCCUCGAAAGGAAACAAAUCCCAAGGCUAAAAUGUCUCGUGGCGAGACAGCAAAACACAAAAACACACAAUUCUUGGAUCAAACACAGAAAAAGAAUGUUCGACGUGUGCAGCGCGGCAGCGAAAGCAAAUGUAUUUAGUCAUUAAAUUAAGCAAAAAAUGUUUAGAUAACCGAACUCCACACCUUCUCGAGAACAUAUGCGCAAAACCAAAAUUGAAAUGCAGGAAAACUAGGUGAAAGAACACGCAUACACACAAGCGCGCGCGCGCGCUUUUUGAGGAAAGGCUGAACUAGCGAGCUAGGGAAAGAAGGAUGAAUAUGACGUACAAAAGACGAUUUAUGGUUUUUGUGUGUUUAAGUUGCACAUCACAGAGUAAAUCGUAACAAGAACGAAAAACAAACCAAAAAAUACCAAAUGCAAAUGCAAGCGUAUUUUAGAGAGGACAACAUCAACAACAACAACAAAAAACGGGUUAAAACGGACAAGCUAGGUAGAAGAGUUUAAUUUUUCUGUUGAACGAUCUUCAUUUUGCGUUUGUUUUUUCAAUUAGGUCGUAAUUUUAAGUCAAACUAAUUGUAUAAUAAAUCACAAAAGGGGCAACACAAAAACUAAAGGUGAAAUUAACGAGUUAUCCACUGCACUGAAAUCUUCAACCAGGAAGAAUGUGAAAGUGAACGUGAGAAAAGAGCAGAUACAAGCAAAAAGGCACACACACAACACACCUGACAGCAGGAAAUGAUGCAACACGGACGUUAUCGCUGAGAGUUGAAAAACAAAACUGUUUCGAACAUGAAAAGCUAGAAUGCAGCGUAAUCGGAUUUCUAUUUUCGGAACAAACACAUAAACAAAGCACACUGUCCCGGAUAGAAGCACGAGAUGCAAAAAUGGCGAUCAAGCGUAAUGUAAAAUUUACAUAAAAGAACGAAUAUGUGGUGACAUAUAUAUUAUGUGUAUAAAAAAAACCGCGAACGCAACAGAAAGCAAAAACAAACCAAACAAAGAAUGUUUUUAAGUUUGUGAGAAAAUGAGAAACGUCUCAAAAUUGCUAUCUAAAUUAUGAUAAAAAUUUAAGACGACAGCAUGCAAAGCGAUGCGCAAAUCCAUUACUGACGAGUUUGGAACGACAAAACGAAGUAUUAGUCGGGGUGGGAAAAUCAAGGAACAAAACAAAACAAACUCUUAACGUAGUCUGAUGCAACCGAAAGCCGGAAAAAUGCUGAAAACAUGGAUAUGAGCAUGCGCGAAAGCAAAACUAGGAGGAAAAAUAAAACGAAACAAUAUUACCUUAAAUUUAAAUAUGGAUACGUCAGAGGCAGUGGUCAAAAAUGUAAAAAAUACACACAAACACACAUACAUUAACACAAACACAAACACACUUAAGAAAUGAAGAGAAAAACGAUACUAAAGCUGUAAGAUAUUUAAGCGACUAAACUAUAGGGUUGCAAAUUUUAGAUGAAACAAGCAAGACCUGCGUUAAGAAAACCCAAAUUUAAUGCAUACUAAAUCUAGGAACAAUGGCGAAGCUGAAGAAAAUUAAAAAAACAAUCUAAAACAAAGAAAAUGUACGCGUAAAACAGAAGAACACGGGUGAAUAAAAUAAAAGACAAAGAAAGAGAGCGAGAGAGAGCAAAAACGAAACCAAACUAAUUGCAAAACUGAACGAACGUGGUUGACGCACAUUAAAAACCGUUUCAAUUCCCCCAAAAAAAGAAACCAACCGCAGCGCCGCUUACCGAUGAGCGCGCCAUGCACUUAAAAGCUAUAAAGCCACCAUGCACAGAGUGCAACACGCUGGCAAAGAUGGUAUCAGAAUCGUAUUGUACGUAUUGUGGGUGGGAACAAGCCAAAAACAUGAAUCCAAGAAAAGGGCUAGACAAACCGUCGCUCGUCUGGCAGGCCAGGCUUCUGCCAUGAUCUUGCCGAGAGAAUGCAAAAAGAAAGCUAGGGAAGAACAUCACAUCAUCUGGCAGCACAGUUCGAGCCGAAUGAAGAUCGGAACGAUGGAAGAAAAAAGGUGAACGAAAAACAUAAAUUACAACAACAUCCAGUGAUGUACGAGGCUAGAACGGAGAAACCAUGCAAAAGCAAACGAACAACAACUUACAAAGUGGUACUAUACAUGUAAUUAUAUACUUACGAAACAAGCAAAAGGAAAAUGAGAAUCGCAACUGCGCGAUAUGCGAGCAGGAACAACUACGAACGGGAGAAAAAAAGGUGAAAACUUAAGAAAAAUUAUAAGACAAAAUCACACUAAUUGAAAAAAAAAUCUACAUUUUGCAUAAACAAGAACACAAAAAAGGAUAUUUAUGCUUAUUAUUUUAUCUCUGUAACAAAGCGUGUCAUUGUCCAUACAUGUUAUUAGAAGUUUCAACUGUUUGGUGUAAUAAAAAUUAAAACUAAUGAAUAAAGAAAAGUAAAAAUUAUUAAUAAACA